GAUUCUGUCCUUGGAGCCUGUUCAAGAGGGUGCAGAUUGUUUUCAAUAUGCCACUUUGUUGAUGUAACUGCUGAACUCAACACCACAAGAGUUGAAUGUGAAUCAGGUAAUUUGUUCCCCCCUUAUGUUAAUUAUCUGUAACCAUAUGUUUCUAAAAAAAACAUUCCAUUAAACCUUACCACAGUAGCUUGAAUAUAACCUUAAUGUUGUAUUUAGAACUAUUUCUGUUUAUUAGCAGGUAUAUUUUCGAUCCGUGUGCACUCAUAUAUUUAAUUUGCUGUUUUUCGUUUUGAAGGGUUGACUUUUUGACAAAAUCUUAUGUUAGUCCUUCACUAUUAUUCAAAUCAGGAUUGGCAUCCUCAGAUACAUAUUUCAAAUAUGAAAUAACUUAAGACAAUUUUUAACACUGCUUUAGGAAUUUCCCUUUUUAAGACCAUUUUACAACCGUAGCCCUAUUAUGUGCAAUAUUCGGGAUUUUGUGGAAAGUGGGUCAUUGAAAUUCAAUCAAAGCAACAAAAGAAUGGCUAUAAUGAUUGGUAGUAAUAGGAAGAUAAGCUGUCUUGUCACAAUGGAUACUUAGCACACCCUCUUGUUCAUUCAGACUUUUGCCAGACUUGUCAAUGUACUUUAUCUACAUUAGAGAUGCACAUCCCUACGUAAAGAUGAAAAUAUACCUGAUGUGAAGCCCACACACUUGGUACUUACCUUUCCAGCUAAAGUGCAAUCCCAAUACCUCCUUUUAACACACACAGUGGUACCUUAUUAUAGACAUCAUUUACCGUUUGCAGUUAGAGAAUUCCUAGAUCCUGAAAUAUUAUUGUGAGAUGAAUCUCAAUAACAAUUUGUGCAAGUCAGGAAAUUCAGAAAUUCUGUCACUUAUUUUUACAAAUAUUCUAAAAGUAAAUGAAUGUUACUCCUUUCUAAUUGUAAUCCCUUUGACAAUUUGCCUGUGGUGAUGUUUGUAAUAAUGUUGUAAUAUGUUUUAUACUGCCUUUGUUUGAUAACAUCAUCCUUUUUCAGGACCGUCCUAUCUCAUACUAAAAAGGGUCUUAGAUCACUUGCAGAGGGCUAUAUAUGCUUUAUUUGGGGCAACAAGAGGAUGGUUAGAAUUGACAGAAAGGUCUUGUAUUAUCCCAAGAGUGCCAUGAGUCUGGGACUUCCUAAUCUUCUUAUCUGUUAUAAUUCUGCUUAACUAGCGCAAAUAGUCCUAUGACUUCCCCCCCCCAGAUGGAUUUAGAGACUAUGCCUAUGGGUUCUGAUCUACAUCAGUUCUACAUGUGGUUGGAUAGGUCACAAAGGAUUCUGCUUAUGGCUCACUGCCCAACUACUUUAUACUCUUUAGAUUUAUGAGAUAAGUAAAAAAAAAAAAAGGUUUUCUUUCACUUUCACACAUUCUCCUAUUGCCACUUUCUUUUGCAACAGAGAUAUUCUCCCAGGUAUGGUGCCUAGGGACAUUGGGGACUAAGAUGUUAUCUUUUAGUGGUAUUCCUUCCGGUAUAUCAGCAUUUGUAAUGGAGCUCCCUGUACCCCCUGUAGCGACUGUGGGCAGAAGUGCUGCGGUUUGUCCCCUGUUCCAGCUAGGAAGCGGUCCUUGGCGGAGGUACCAAGUCAGGGUACAGGGAGCUCUGCUACACUAGCAUUCGGUUCUAUGCACAUGAAUGGAAAGUGGGGAACUAGGGGGAAUAAAAUAUGGGUCUUUACAGUCACUGACCUGGCCCAUAGUCGGUGGGCAGGAGGCCAGCUUCCACACUCCUCCAGGAGUCUGUGGAAAGCGCUGUUUGUCACACUCCACACUGGAACAGUGAUUAAAGAAUAGCCCUUUCCCCAGACAACACAUAGUUCUGGGAGUACAAUACCUUUAUUGGCAGCCACAACUGGCCUUAUAUGCAGGUCCCCAUGCAAGGGGCACUCACUCUGGACUUGAGAGGAGACUACAUUAAAAACAUACACAUGAUUACAUUGACUCUCAGGUCCAGGACACUCCCACACAAAACAAGAUAAUCCCUCACCUGUGUCUGGGAGAUAAUUGAGUCAGGAACUAAAUUAUCUCCAGGCACAAAAAUCACACAUUUCACAAACACCCCAAAAAUACCUUAAAAAUGCAUAAAAACCCCUGAUCUGGGUGACCAACAUGUAAAAAUCACCCAGAUCGGUUCAGGAAUUUCCUGGAAGUCAUAACUUGACCGACCGCACGUUUCCACCGAACAGUGUCUUUCUAAGUGUUGUAGAACCGAACACAGGCAUUAAUGGAAGUCCAGCAGUGUUCAGGAGUUUCAGUGUCCGAAAAUAGUUCCAUGAACUCGACGACCAAACAUCUCUGCUUGUAUUCAUGUGAACAAGAUGGCUGCCACCUCUUGGUCAUUCAUAGGAAAAUGCGGCCACCCAGACGAACACUUAGAACACUGCGAUGGAAAUUGUAUCAAUUAGACUUAACAAGCUCCAGGGUGGUCUUCUGUUCGUGCAGCUGGCAUGAAACAACCUGGAUGCACUCCCCCCUGGUUGGACCAAGUUGUUGCUGGGAUGGAGGGCGCAGUUUCCCUCAUCCGUGCCUAGUAGGCAAAUGCCAGCGGCGCUCUGCCCCAUAGCCAGUGGUUCAGCUGGGUUGGUUGGUGGGCCGUCAGGCCCCAGAACAAAGGGAUAGGUAGGGCAGCGGCCAGCGGCGCUCUGCCCCAUAGUCAGCGUUUCUACUGAAGGGGACUGGGAACAGCCUGGUUCUGCAACAACAGGGUAGAUUGGGCAUAGGCCAGCAGCGCUCUGCCCUGUAGCCAACGUUACAGCUGGGGUAUCCUGUGUAACAUCAUGCUCUGGAUAAAGGGAAAGGGGCGGGCAGAGACCAGCUGCUCUCUGCCCGGGUGCCAGCUUUUCCGCAAGGAAGGUGUCAGGGGAGGCUGUAGUUCCCUCGACUGCACCUAGAACAUGGUUGGGAAUUGGUUGCAGGAGAGAGGAAACAACUACCCCCUCUCUCUGGCCUUCCUGCUGUGGCUGGGGAGCAACGACACCAUGGGGAAGACUGCUGCUGACAUCCUCAUCAUGGCCGGGAUUCCGCAGUUGGGGAUCUGGGUAGGCUGCCCAGCAUCCCUGUAGGGCUGGUACAGAACCUCGGUCCCAUCUGCACCAUCCAUGCCCGCAGGCUGGCCUCUAGACGACAGGCCCAGCUGCUGGGGAGUUGGACCAAACGUCUCCACUCCCUGUAUCUUUCCCUAUAGUUGGGGAGGCGGACCGACUGUCCCCUCCCAAGGUGUCUCUGGCUGCCGUUGGGGAGAGAGACCAACUGUCUCUUCUCCCAAUAACACACUCUGCCGCUGGGGAGGAAGGAUGACACACUUCUCUCCCUGUAACUUGCUCGGACACUGGGGAGGCAGACCGACUGUCCCCACUCCUAACAUCUCCAUCUGUGCAGGCUGCCCAGCAUUCCUGUAGGGCCAGUGGAGAGACCUUUGUCCCAUCUCCACCUGCCAACUGUCUUCCCAGGACCAGUUGAUAAGGUCUCUUUCUCUGGGGCUGGUUGGGAAGUAGGUGGUACAGUACCUGGCUCUGACAGGCUUAGCUGCUGGGGAGGAGGGACGAAACUCAAUGCUCCCGGUGGUAUACAGUCCAUAAGCCCCAUCAUGUCGGAAACAGGUGGGGUUACCCUUUGGAGUAAGCGAGCAUAGUCAUGUUCAAGCCCGCACUCCAGGUUAACCAGGUAGGACAGAUCCAGUUGUAAUUCUACAACCAAUGUAAGCCCUAAGCUUACUUCCCACUUGUUGCGGAUGCACCCGUAGCGGUACUGUCUAGGUUUUCAAAGCCCAGGGGAUCCUCAAAAGCCUCCCACAACAGCCCGGGCCCAACGCAGUCCUUUCCCAUGGGGCACUGGUAGGGGAGUAGCCCUGCAUGCCACCUCCAGACCCGGUAGGAUUCAUCCAACCAUAACCUCAGAUCGGUUCAAGGGUUCAGGAAUUUCCUGGAACUCAUGAUUUGACAGACUACAUGCAUGGUCCCAUGCCCAAAACAGUUCCAGAGAAUCAGGGCUUGCGGUCAGUCUAGUUCGGUAGUUUAAAAACCGAACAAACUACCGAACAUAGUCAAUGUUCUUACCCCAGAGCUUGUUUACCUUGUUCGUGGGAAUGUUUUCACCGAACAGUGUCUUUCUAAGGAUUAUAAAACCGAACACAGGCGAUCAUGGAAGUCCAGCGGUGUUCGGGAGUUUCAGUGUCCAAAAAUAGUUCCUCGUGGUCGUCCAUAGGAAAAUGCGACCACCCAGACGAACACUUAGAACACUGAGGUGGAAAUUGCUACAAAGUAUCAAUUCGGCUUAACAAGCUCCAGGGUGGUCUCUGGUUCGUGCGGCUGUUCAGUUCCCGAAUCAUAUAGUCCAAAUACACGAACGGAGACUUUUACAUUACAGUUUACAGGGUUCAUAGUCUGUUGGCAGGAGGCUGGCAAGCAGGCUCCUCCAGGGGCAAACUAACUUGGAAAGGGGAGUUUGUCACAUUUACCCUUAAUAAAAUGUUGUAUCAAGGGUAUACAUUGAAUACAUAAAAGAAGGAAACAAAAAGGAAUAUAUUGUGUAUGUAGAUGGUAAUACACAUGAAAUUGAUGUAAUAAAUGAUAAGAUCCACUCACAUGGACCAAAGCCUGUAACUACUGGCUCUGUCAUCAACACCUUUAUGCCUUUAUGGUAGCAUACCACCAUCCAUCAAGUGGGUCUUUUCUCCCUUUCAGCUUCGGUCUCUGCACUGCCAUACUGCCUCCUUGGCUGAGAUCACCAAGACUGAUCUCAGCCAAUCCAAUGCUUUUACACUGCAGGGAUGAAACUACAGGGGAGUUGAGAUUAAGUGGUCUGGAUGGCUAUAGUGUCCUUUUAAUGAUUUCAGAGUUUACCCCUUUUGUGUAGCUGGGUUACUUGGGAGUUUUGUAGUGUACGGUGCCCAGCUUAAAGUAAAGACCAUCAAGUGAGAGCAGAACCAGAAAGAGUUAAAGGAACUUUGUGGCAUUAGGAAUACAAACCAGUAUUUUUAACACUAUUGUGCCCAGAAUAAGUUAAGUUAAUAUGCACAAUCACUUGGAUACUAUCGCUGUGUAUGUGCAGUACAAUUAUCAGGAGACUUAUACAUACUCUCAUAGCUCUAAAAAACAUUACUUUUGCGUUUGGAUAUCAAUUCCAGAGGAUUGCCAUUUCAUCUCUGCAUUUGAGUCUACCAAACGGAGAAACUGAACCCUUACAAAAAAUGCAUUCAUGAGGACAGGGAAACCCUCCAUUUUGCUUUCAAAAUGAGUCUGCCCCUUCUCACAUUAAGUGCUUUGCUUCCUAUUUUUCUGACUACAGCUUUGUAGCUUUGAAAAUUAAAUAUCAAUCUUUCAGUUUUAACAGAAAACUUUCAUCAGGACCUGUGAUUAGGGUGAAUGCGACCAGUUUGGUGAAUGUGACUAGGUGGGUGGUUGGAUGAUAAGUGGGACAGGGGUGGGAGAGGGUGUGUAUGUGUGUGGAGGCUGCUUCUGGUGUUGUGUUGGUAGAGGCUGGUUGUAGGGUUGUAUGUUUGUCGGUUUGUUUGUGGGGGUAGCUGGUAAUGUUAUUGAGUGUGUGCGGGCAGACUAUUUGUGAUCUUACUUAUUUGUGGGGGUGCUGCUUUUUGGGUUUUGUGUGUGGGGGGGGCUGCUUGUAGGGUUUUGUGUGUGGGGGGGGAGGGUAGUUAGGUUUGAGGUUAGAGAAUUCCUAGAUAUGUGUGCGCAUGUAAAUAAGGCAAUAAGAGCUGUAUGUGGAUUGGGGCUGUAGUGUGUGUGUGUGUGUGUGUGUGCGUUGUGGGGAAUAGGUGCUAUAGAUUGUGUUUGCAGGGGGUUCGGGGCUGUAUGGUGUGUUUGUGGGAAUCGGGGCUGUAGGGUGUGUUUAGGUUUAGUGUGUGUUUGGGGGGAAUUGUAGGGGGGAUUGAGACUGUAGUGUGUGUUUCAGGUGAAAUUGGAGCUGUAGUGUGUGGGAAUUUGGGCUGUAGUGUAUGUGUGGGGGCUGUAAUGUUUGUGUGCGAGGGACAUAAUGAUUAGUGUAUGUGUGUGGGGGUAGCAGCUGUAGUGUGUGAUAGGGACAGUUGUGUGUGUUUGGGUGUGAUAGGAAGAGAGUCUGUUGUGUGUGCUGAGGGAGAGAAUUAGGCUGCUGUGUGCAUGUAUUAAGUCAAGAAUAGGGACUUCUGUGUGUCUUUCGGGGGGGUGUAAGGACUGUUGUGUGUGUGUGUGUGUGUGUGUUGGGGGAAUAAAGAGGCUGUAGUGUGUGUUGAGGAGUGAUAGGGGCUGUUGUAUGUUGGGGGGAGAUAUUAAGAGGAGUAUUGGAGGGAGGUUAAAAAAAAAGUUACCUUAGUCUACGUUGGACGAGAGAGGAGGGUAAAUUAAUCCAAAGUGGUCCAUUGGGUAUAUCAUUUGGUCUGAACCUUUGGCGGGUGCAGACUGCUUGUAUUGCUUCUUCCAGCAGAAGGUUGUUAUGGUACUCCAUGGCAACUCUUCCAGGAGCAAUACACUUGGAAAUGCAAAUAAAAAGCAUCUGCCCUCCUCCUCCACUCCAGCAUGAGAAUGUGUUGGCUGGUAAAGGAAAUUUUUGAUCUCCUCAGCGGCUAUGAUGCCCCUCUCAUGCCUGCUGCUCAAGGCCAGUCUUGCACUAAGCUGAGUUGCAUAUAAAACAUCUACUAUUGGUGAAAUAAUUGUGAAAGGCCUGGAAGCUAUAACCUGCUGUAUGGAGGAGAAGAUUAGUUCACAAAAUGUAAAAUAAGGAACAUUUUGUCUUCUUAUAAUCAUCCAUAUCCUGUAUUUUGUUUUUAAUAGCCUGCGUUGAAGCAUACGUCAAGGCAGAUGAGCAAUAUGGAUGCAUCACCGGCUGCAGAAAACAGCUCCCUGAAGUGGAAAACCAGAAAGAAAAAGUAUGUACACCCUCCCUCUUUAAUGCAAUAUUACACAUUAGACAAAUAAAGAAUUGCAUGCGAAUAUGACUUGAAGCUUGACCGACAGUUUAAAUAAAUGAAGUGAAAAUAAUGUGUGGUUUGGAACACAUGGUUGUAUGGACAAAUAUGGUGAAAUCUCAGAAUUAAGUAGGAAGGAUGCAAUAAAGCACACAUGUCAUGUUUGUAUUUUUAAUAAAGUUAUCCAUAUAUCAUUUAUUUAAAAAUGGGAGGCACAGCUAGCACAUCAAUAUAGAAUAGAACAGAAAGUUUGCUUCUAAAUUACUUUUUAGUGAUAAGUGCAAAGUAAAUUUAUAACUAUUUGUUAUAUACAGUAUGUGUGACAAAUAUUGUCAAAACUAGUCAAAUAUUCUGCUUAUGGGUAUAAAUAAGGACAGGGCCAGAUUAAGAGCCCAGUGGGCCUGGUGCUGACAAUUAGGACGGGCCUAAUUACAGAAUCAUAUCGACCAAAAACAGUAAAACACUCCCAAGCGUCAUGUAUCUGAUGGAGAUGGUGCUGGAGAGAAAGAAAACAGCAGCUAUAAGAAAACACAUACCCUAGGCUAAUCUCUCUCUAAUUUAUGUUUUCAUCUUUCAAGUAAAUCCAUAACCCCUAACAGCAGUGUCCAGUCAGGCAGGAAGUCAAUGGGCACGGUAAAAGGGUGUGCCACUGACACAAAUCACGUAACCUGCCAAAAGGGGCGAACAUGCCCAAAAAGAGGACAUGUCUGCCCAAAGAAUUAGAAGGCCAAUGAAUGCAUGUCAGGCUGCCUGCCAAUCAUGCAGCUGGCCAACUAAGGGCAUACUAUGCAGACAGCACCCUGAGCUUGGCAUAAAUGCAUCUAAUGAUGCGCUCACUCAACGCUUUCUAAGGACUGUUCCCUGCACUCGCUGGUCCACUUACCUUCUUACUAGCAGGCAGAAGCUCCUGGUAUAUAGUCUGGGACAGAGAAAAGCUGUAUGUAGUGAGUGUAGAAGAAAGGGAACAUGCCACAGUGUUAGAGAGACCAAAGUCAGCAUUACCUUAAAGGAUCACUAUAGGGUCAGGAACACAAACAUGAAUUCAUGACCCUAUAGUGUUAACACCACCAUCUAGCCCCCCUGGGCCCCUCAUGCCUCCAUAAAUAUAGCAAAAUCUUACUAUAUUCAAGCCUGAAGCUGUAACUCUGAAUGCUGUUAGACUCAUAAAAACAAGCAGUCUGCUGACAUCAUUAGAAGUGGUGGCCUGAUCCAAUCACAGUGCUUCCCCAUAGGAUUGGCUGAGACUGACAAAGAGGCAGAUCAGGGUCAGAGCCAGCAUGAUUCAAACACAGCCCUGGUCAAUCAGCAUCUCCUUAUAGAGAUGAAUUGAAUUAAUGAAUCUCUAUGAGGAAAGUUCAGUGUCUGCAUGCAGAGGGAGGAGACACUGAAUGUUUGGAUGCAUUUUAGGCAGCCAUGACCCAGGAAGGAUCUCUAACAGCCAUCUAAGGAGUGGCCAGUGAAGUUAUCACUAGGCUGUAAUGUAAAGACUGCAUUUUCUCUGAAAAGACAGUGUUUAUAGCAAAAAGCCUGACGGAAAUGAUUCUACUCACCAGAACAAAUUCAAUAAGCUGUAGUUGUUCUGGUGACUAAAGUGUCCCUUUAACUAUAUUCAUUGUCAGCCAGUCCACACAAGUUUUGUUCCCAUACUUCACUCUUAAGUUUCCAUACUUAAGUAAGAGUAUGUGAAAAGUAGUUAGGGUUACCACCUUUCUUGGAAAAACAUACCGGCCUUACUAAUUUGCAUAAUUAAAUAUGUAUGGGUGACAUCACAUGUAAAUCACAAGGAGUGACAUAAGAGAAAAUUCUGUAAAAUCACCAAAAAACUACUUAGCUUGAUUCUGCUGUAUAGAUGGAUUCCUCCCAGUGCCCCCAUGUCUCCCACUGCCCUCAUGACUCAGUGCCGCCAAGUGUCGAUUACUCCAGGUCUCAGUGUUCCUAUGUAUCAGUGUCUCAGUGCCCCAUGUCUCCCAGUGUCUCCUAGUGUCGUGUCCCCAGGUCUCCCAGUGAUCCUAUGAUCCUAUGUAUCACAGUGUCUCAAUGCCCCAUGUUUCCCUUUGUCCCCAUGUCACUAGGAAGAUGGGGAGACCUGGGGACAUGGGGAGACCUUGGGACAUGUAGACACCAGUGACACUGGGAGACUAGGGGACUCUGGCUGGGACACAUUGGGACAAUGGGAAAAUAGGGGACACUUGAAGACAUGGGGACACAGGCACCAGGGACACAGACACUAGAGACACAGGCUGGGGGACAUGGGGACAUUGUGACACUUGAGGCACUGAGAGACAUGGAGGCACUAGGAGACAUAGGGACAGUGAGACACUGGCAGACUGGGGUCACUUGGAGACUAGGGGGCACUGGGAGACUAGGGGGCACCGAGACACCAGGGACACUGGCUGGGAGACAUGGGGACACUGUGUCCCCAUGUGUCUGUGUCAUAAUGUCUCCCAAUGUCCCUUAGUGUCUCAGUGUCCCCAUGUCUCCUUGCAGCCUUUCCCCCCAUCCAUUACUUCCCUGAGCUGUAGGCUGUCUCUGCAGGGUGGGAGUUGCUGUCUGGACUCUCUGUAGCUGCUCCCCUGCAGAUCAGUGAGUAUAGAUGGGCAGGGAGGGAUAUGCUGGAACUUCCUAUCCCUGUCUGUCUCCACACACAGCGACCCCUACUGGCCAGUGUUGGUAUUGCAUAGUAAUAGUCAGUUUAUACUGAGAAAAAUACCAGCAUUUGUAUUGCCAGUAUCACUGCAAUAUUGGCACCAGCCAGGCAGCCUCAAAUACUGGCUGUGUCAAUAAAAUAAAAGGCAGGUGGAAUCCCUAAGAGUAGUGUGUGGAGAAAAAAAAAUGUAAAAAAAAAAAAAUUUUUUUUUUUAAAUCAAUGGGCCUAUUACAUGGGCCUGGGCCUGGAGCUGCAGCUCCAUCAGCCCCUAUGUUAAUCCGGCCCUGAAUAAGGAGCAUGCUGGCAUUUGAUAUUACAGUUGCAUAAAAUUGCCAACAGAAUGUAAAGAGAAUGUCUGCAUGGAGUAGUAUACUUACACUUAACAAUUUUAUGAAAGUAGGCCCACAGUGAGGCGAAAAGCCGAGAGGAAACGAGUGUGGAUAUCCCCACCACCACUACACUCUGCAUUUACAUUGUCUUGCGUGCGUAAAGAAAAUAGAAUAUGGAUAAUUGAGCAAGAUCUUCCAUAGUUAAUUGCUCAUCUAUCUGUUACAAACAAUGUCAUCCUUACUUUGUUUCAUGUAUAUCUUUAGAUCGAGUUGGGAUCUGUCUUGGUAUUUUUCAUAAACCGUUUAUCUUUUGUGGGAGGAGCUUAGCAUCAGUUAUGUGCAGACUCCAUUUUAUGCUGCUUUUGAAUUUAAUCGCAGAACCUACAGAUUAUCUUCGAAACACCCAGUCACCUAUAAUAUUUUAUUAAAUAAAGCCACUCUGCUCCCCUUAGGCCUACCGUCCUGAGCCUCUUGAUGCAGUGAUAUACAACAAUGGGGGUUUGGUUGCCUGGAGUACAUGACUUCUCUAAUGAUAACUGUUCUGCUUGUCCUGAGAUGGACCACAUAUUGCAAAAAUCACAGACACUUAUCUCUAACGACUCCAGUGACAUUAGCAACAUUAUAUUGCAACAGUCAUGCAGCAGCUCCUACAGUCGGGUCAGAAGAUACCACCAAAAAGGACAUUCACAAUUUAUUUACAGAUAUUCAAAAGGUGUUUGUGGCUGAUUUGACAUUAGUAAAGGUGGGGGUGCAAGCAGUCACUACCUGCUUCUAGCCUUCAGGUGAAGACUUUUUGGAUUUUUGGCAAGUCCUGACUUCCCUAGGGAAACAGUAUGCAUGCAAUCCCUACACACCACAAUCUUACUCUGUCAGUUGAUGGAGUUUCUCAUAUCUCCAAUUUCUGUUCGCACCAAGUUUGCCCAUAGAGAUGUCAUUCUACGCUGUCAGUCCUGUGAAAGAUAAACAUCACUUAAGGGCUGCACAUCUAGGGAAAGCAACACAUGAUUUUGAGUCGCUCCAACACACCUUUUUCCAAAAUGAACUCACCCAUCUGAUUAGAUGCAUUUUCAUAUUUUAUUAAUCACAUAAUCAUUUCUCCACUUGGCCAGGGGCAUUUAAGCUACACAGAGCCUAUUCUUAACAGCCAAAGGCAUAUGUUUUUCUUAAAGCAUUGUAGCAUUUCUUCCCAUUUAGUAGCCUCAUUAGUUUAUGUGAAAUUAUAUUAAUCAGGAUCUUACCCUGCUCGUAGUUAGAGCUCAUGUUUUAUAAUUCAUUCAUAUAUUCAUCUUUAGUUUUUUUCUAGUUUCUUUUACAUAUAAAUUUUUUUGCAUUGUAAGGUAUCACCCACAAAAAUUUAAUCAAAAACCUAAAAAACACAGACAUGACAAUGACUACUAUUGUUAUGUUCAUAAAUAAUGUAUCUGUCAAUAAUAAAAAUUAUUUGGAUAUGUUUUCAUGAAUUUUAUUACAGAUUCAGACAUUUUAAAAUGUGAAUAUUUUUUUAAAACAUGUUAUAUCCACCUAUUGUUUAUUUUUUUACAUACCAGUUAUUACUGCGAUACAUUUUCUGAUUAUAUGUUAUAUGCACUAUAGCUGUUAUUGAAGCAUGUUCUGGAGGACAGUCUUUCCAUGCGAUUUUACUAGGUUAUGCUCUGCACGAUCUGAGUUAGUGGCAGAGCUGUCAUUGACCAUUAGACAAAAAUAGCUAGUGUAAGUACACAGUCAAUAGUAAGACAACAUUUUCUGUUGGCUAUUCACAACAGGAAGAUGCAGACCUCAAUCCAUCAGCUUGAGAGACAAAUCAGAAUGCAGACUUUGACAUCCACUAAACAAUGGGCCAGUAUCACACAGUUUAUUGUAAUCAGCCUCGAUGUGUUGGCAUGUUCACCCUUUUGGAAUGUACCGCUGAUAGCCUGAUACUACAGCUAUCACUGUGCAAUAUGGGUCCAUGCUGUAAGUUAAAUAUUACCAAUUUCUCAAGUCUGCAAAUGCAAGUUAACCAACUAUUUAUGUAUUUAAAAGGUAAAAGAUGCCUAACAGCUAAUGUCAUAAAAGCUUAUUUUGAAAAUACUGUGGGUUCUAGGUAAUCAAUUAAUUUGUAUCUGGUUAUUGGGGACGUGGUACAUUUUCUGUUUCUCCCAAAGAGGAUGUAAUUUUGGGAUCUCCGAUAUUAGGAAAAUAUUUGACCUUUAAUACACAAAGUUAUCCCUUAUCUUUAAAAUGUAUUAUCAAUACCAAAUUGCCUUUAUUUAUAUCCAGAUCAAUUCAAGUAUGCAUGAUUUACAUGAGAACUCUUUUUGGGUCUUUAAUAGCUUCAUGAGCACAGGGCUCAUGUCUUUAGUCAGUAUUGUCUGAAUUCCUAAGUCAGGGCGAGAUGGGACUUGAGGCUAAUUAUACACCAAGUUCCUUAAUUAAUUCUGAUCUAAAAGCUUUUGCUAAAAUUUUGUCGGAAAGGCAUAACUCAUUGCUCGACUCUUAAGUUCACACGAACCACAUAGGAUUGAUUCUGGGGAGACAAUUAUACGAGAAUAUACAAAGAAAUAUAGAUGAGAGGGCGUGGCCUGACUACCGAUGGAGUAAGAUGCACCUAACUCGAGCUCCUAGGCCCCAACCUGCUAAGCCCAAUAAACUAGCUAUAAUAUACCGACAUAAACGCGCAAAUGGGGAAAAACAGGCGACUGACCACCGCGGCAGCCACCGGGCCCGAUGGACGAAUUCCUGUCGGUGCCGCCCGGCCUCAGUGGCUCCAGGGACACAGACAUGCAGACACUCUCUUCCCUGGGCUCCAGCGUGAUGGGAUCAGUACAGGACUCGCCCGCAGUAGGCACUCUGUCCCAGAUAUCGGCGGACAUAGCGGCGAUCUCCACAAGCAUAGACAAAACCGAAAUGGUGGCUGAGCUGCACUCAACCAUCAGAGAAGAAUUUGCAGCAGUUCACAGCGACCUUGCCGCAUUGGAGCAGAGGGUAGAUACCCUAGAAGAAACGCACCUGAAGGCCGCACAGCAUCAGCAGGCCGCGGACCUGGCCACCACAAGGCAGGGCAAUAUUCUCCUGGACCUCCGCCGGCAGAUUGAAGAACUGGAUAACAGGGGCCGCCGGUACAACAUCAGAAUCCGGGCCCUACCGGAGGGGGAGGCUCUGCAGGAGAUCCUCACGGGCCUAUUCACGCACCUCCUGGGAGACUCGGCUCCACAGGAAUUUGGCAUAGAGAGAGCACACCGGGCCAUAGGGGCCCCCAGGAGAGAUGGUCAACCCAGAGACAUCUUCUGUUCACUGGUGUCGUUCCAGCUGAAGGAGGCCCUCAUGAGAUCUGCCAGGGCACGGCCACAUGUCACCUACAUGGAUGCUCAGGUCUCCCUCUUCCAGGACCUGUCCAUUAUCACCCUCGACGCCCGACGGGCCCUGAGGCCAGUAACCCACCUCAUGCAAGAACGGAGAAUACUCUACAAAUGGGGGUUCCCUUUCAGCCUCCAGGCCAAAAUUGGGAAUGUCUGGCACGUCAUUCGCUGGCCCAACGACGUGCCCCGCUUCCUCCGGAUGGCCGGCCUGCCUGAUGUACCGAUCCCGAAUUGGAUCCUAGACAACCCCCCAGCUCGACCAACCGGCCCAUCAGACGCAGCGCAUAACCUUCGCCCAACCUCAGGUACACCAAGGCGAAGGGGAGGCCCUGAAGGCCCCGAAGAAUAGUGACUGAUAAGGAGUCACCCACGCACACGAUACCCGCUCCUACACCCCGCUUGGACCUGCGCCCACACGGAAACCGACAGCAUUUGCCACAACAAUUCAGCGCUUCAAGCCGAGACCACGCGGAGGCCUCAGAAGGGGUAUGUACUGUUCCGGUGGCCCUGUCAACUUAGAGUCUCACCCAACAGUUAAAGGGAGAAGUAUCCAGGGGACCCCCACAAGUUGGGUGGGACAGGGUUUCCAGGGGGGUGCACAAGUGGGUGAAGGGGAUCAGCCAACGGAGUGGACCCCUGGGGGUCGACCAAUAGCUCUGGGGCUCCCUGAGGUGGGGUGAGGAACGAGGCGCAUGGGUCACAUUCAGAGGACCGGGACAUGCCCGUCAGGGGGCCCGGAACACAAUAGGGCCGCGGCUGAGAGCCUUUGACUGAGGGGACAAUAACAGGGUCGAACACUGGCCCAUUGUCACAUGUGUUGCACGGGCGCACAGGGCUUUGCGGGGGGGAUGGGGAGGGGGUAGACCUGGGUGCCAGCGGCGGGCCGAGCUGGACGGACGACAGAGAGAGUCGGGUGAGGAGGGAAAGCGAGGGCCGCUGCGGAUGACUGAAAGUUUAAAGUUUAUUGUAGUACGUUUUUUCAAAAUGGUUCAACGGAUUAGCAGCAUAGCUAGUUACUACUACACACACAAUCGCUAUGUACACCACGCAGGGCAGAAAGGGCGGACCCAAGGGGCAGUGGGAGAGGGGGCGGGGGAGGCCCCCGGUGGUUGACAAAGUUAAUUGCAUCGCCCUAAGGUACAGACAACCCUGUAGGGCCUUCCUCUGUUUCAGACCUUGGUCUGGAGGGAACCCCCGUGGGGAUUGCUGGGUGAGGAGCAGACGGGUCCAGGGGGCUGCGGGGCGGGGGCGGACACCUAUGCUAACAGAUGGCAAGCAAGCUACGACCUAAUGAGCGGGAGCAAGUCGGGACGAGCCGAGGGGGGAGGGGUGGGCUCAGAUGGACACAUAGCGAACAAGCAGCAUCUGUUAAUACCCACAUAUAGACAGGGUUAGCAAGUAUGGACAGCGGGUCAGAUAUGAAUAUAGUCCCCAUAGCUCGGAUCAGCUACCAAACAAUAUUGAGUGCAGCACUCGCAAGUUGGGUGCCAUACUAGGGGACCGCAGGCAGGACACAACUCCAAACAAACUCAUCUCCCUCGGUGGCUACACUGAAUCUCACUGUGACAGUCCCUAUUUGUACAUAUUACCGGGGUUGCAGGACAGUGGAACAUCCCUACCCCUGCGACGACCACACCCGGUACCGGGACAUGGUCACACCACACUCACUCCGAAACCCAACACCCAAACGACUAGACGGAGACAAUAGCGCCAGACACAUCCCUGACUCCAGACCGUUCCCUCUGUGUUCUUUUCUUCCCCCAUGCCUUCCCCGGGGCGGGUGCGGGGCCGGCAGCGGCUGCAGCCAAGGAGGGCUUCACGCCGGCCCGGCUAACACUCUGGUCGAAUAAUGUCCAAGGUCUCAAUGUGCCGGAGAAGCGCACACGCCGGAAAAGCGUUUGACCGAGUGGACUGGGCCUUCCUCUCGGAGACGCUGCGCCACAUGGGUCUCGGCACCCACAUGCGAACAUGGGUGGCUGCUCUGUACACCACCCCAACGGCACGCAUUCGGGUCAACGGAGCAUUGACAAAACCAUUCAGCAUCCACAAUGGCACCCGCCAGGGCUGUCCCCUGUCACCCCUCCUGUUUGCCCUCACUCUCGAACCCUUUCUGGAGGCGGUCAGACGGGACGGGGGCAUCGUGGGGACCCGCCUGGGCGGGGCGGAACAUCGAGUUGUGGCAUAUGCGGACGAUAUGCUCUUCUUCCUGGAACGGCACAGAAUCUCGACCCCGAACCUGCUAGAGGCGUUCAAACAAUAUAACAUAGUCUCUAACCUGAAACUUAACUUAGAGAAGUCAGAGGCGAUGCCGGUGGCACAGGACACGGUGCUAACACGACACUUCGAAGCACACUUCACGUUCAAAAUCUGCACAACAAAGCUUCGAUACCUCGGCGUCUGGUUGCCGAAAGAUCUCUCGCAGAUCUACCAACUGAAUUUCGCUCCUCUCCUUGUAACGCUACAACAGGACUUAAAACGAUGGACGUCCAAGUACUUAUCGUGGUUUGGCCGCAUAAGUGCUAUAAAAAUGAAUAUUAUGCCGCGCAUCCUAUACUUAUUUCAGACGCUGCCUUCCACCAUCCCCCAAGUCUUCUUCCAGACGCUAAUGACCAAUGUUUGUUUGUAUGUAACAAAAGGCCUACCUGGGUUCGGAGAACAAUAUUGGAGCGACCGAAGAGUGACGGAGGUAUUGGACCUCCGUCCACACUCAUGUAUUACCAGGCGACCCACUUACAUUGACUGGUUGACUGGCACGCCAACCCUAAUGCUAAGCAAUGGGUGGACAUGGAGCUUCAACAAGCACAAGGGAAGAUCCCCGCCCUGCUGUGGCUGUGAGAGGCUACAUUCAGAGAAAUAAGCACAGGCAAGCCGAUGAUAGACGCCACCCUUAGGGUCUGGUGCGGGAUAAGAUAUGCCAAGCAGCUCACCACAGCUCCCAACCAGCUCACGUCCAUAACCAACAACCCUAAGUUAGCCGGCGGACUAAAUUCUACUGCCCUUAAAAAUUUCCAGGCGACAGAUUGGGUCUACCUACACCAAUGGUGCAGCGGCCGGAACCUUAAACCCUUGACAGACCUGAUGCAGGAUCGCAGACCAACCAGACUGGACGAAUUCCACUACCACCAGCUCAAAACUUACUACAACGCUAUUAAGGGGAAGGAUCACGUCCACCGCCCCCUCCUGUAUCUGGAACAAUUAUGCACGGCCAGGCAACACCUCUCACACGGCGUAUCAACUAUGUAUACCGCACUAAUGAAUAGAGGAGAUAAGGACGCUUUGGGCUUCACGGGGCGGUGGGAAAGGGAAACGGGGACUGAGCUCACGGACACAGAUUGGAACAAAAUCUUCCAACUGACGCACAAGGGAACUAUAAGCUCAAAAUACCAGGAAUGCAAUUAUAAAAUCCUGACGCACUGGUAUAGGACCCCGGACAUCCUAAGACAUAUCCAUGACACGAUUCCUGGCGACUGCUGGAGAUGCGGAACCGAAAGGGGUACAGCCUAUCACAUCUGGUGGACAUGCCCCCUCAUAGUCCCAUACUGGCGAAAGAUGAACCGCACAAUAGAAGAUAUCACAGGCACCGAACUUCAAUUGCAACCCCUGACGAUGUUGCUCAAUCAUACGCACACCCCAUUGAAAGCAUACAAAAAAGGGCUCACCAUACACCUGCUCACAGCGGCUAAGACACUUAUCCGCACACACUGGAAAACCACAACAGUACCCUCUCUAGAGCAGUGGAUCGCUAGGGUGGAAGAUAUCUACAACAUGGAAAUGAUGACGGCCUCCUUGCAGGGACGUGCGGACAAGUGUGCGCUGACCUGGUACCCAUGGAUGGACUAUGUGGCCAAGAGAGCUGCGGCGGCAGGUCCCCGCGGGGGAAGGGGCUACGUGUGCCCCGGGGCGGACGGGGGCCGGGGACUAACACAGACUGGACACACACGCACAAGAGGACAAUUCCCUGCAAACAUAAUAAUCCCUGACCCCACCCCCCUAGACCGCUGACGGACAUAACACCGACACACCUUAACCCAAGACAGCUGAACUCCCUCUCAUGACUACAGAUGGACAAGGCAUAAGACCCAGGGUGUAAAAUCAGAGAAACGCUGGUCUCCCCUGCCCAGGAACAAAGUGUUGCACACAAACCAUGGACCACCCCAGCCCCGCACAACACUUGACAAACAAACUCCAGCACUGAGAUGGGGAACCAGUGACCGUACAACCUCCGACAUUCGCAUCGCAAGGAGCUACAACACAAAGGGUACUAAGGCAAAGGGUGGUGGGAGACAGGGCCAGGGGUACACGGGCCAACGAAGGAGUACACACAGCCCAUGAAAGGCACACCGGGGUCCCACAGGAUACCAAACAGACAAGGGAAGGAUGCUCACAGUGGGGGCUUAGUUGCAGAAAUGGUGGGUUCUCAAACCCGCACGACUCGGACCAUGGUUAAUCACUGAGGCUAUUAACCCAAUCUACAAGUACAGCGUAGAACCCACGAGGCAACGGAAGACAGAGACGAACAGCUCACCACACAUUGUUACUUAAUCGUACAACUCCGCCUGUACGGCUUCGACAAUAACGACUGAAGAGGAGGGUGUUGGGGGGGGGAGAGGAAAGUUGGGGAACACACAGUUACAUACAUUAACUUUAAAACGGAUGCCCUGUCAUCUCAAUACACAGGGGUAUUCAGGCCUCAACAAUCCCAGAGGCUCACAAUUUCAAUUUUGGCAUCUGGUGAAGUCUAGGACGCCUACUCUGGUGCUCUUUCUGGAUGUGGAGAAGGUGUUCAACAGAAUAGAGUGGCUCUAUUUGUUUGAGCUCCUACAUAAUCUGAACUCUCCCACUAAAUAUAUAGAUGCUGUUAGAGCACUGUAUACCAACCUACUAGCCUAGACCUUAAUUACAGGAUCUAAAUCCCCACCAUUCAAGAUAGGAAAUGAUACCAGGCAGAGAUGCCGCCUGUUACCCCUGCUAUUCACUCUGACAUUAGGACCACUACUUCACAUAAAAUGUAAUUAUCUGGAGUAAACAUAGUAGGUCCUGCCUUUACAGUAGCAUCAUACGUAGUCAACUUGUUGCUGACUCUGAUGGAUCCAGCCCCCUCCUUGCUUCAACUGAGCUUAGUCUUCGGAGAUCUGUGCGAGUACAAGAUAAACUUAAAUAAAUAACGGGUAAUGCCAACACAUGUCUGGGUUGCGGACACAGCACUCGUUGAGUGGUCAUACACUUUGCUACCGUCUCCUUUAAAUAUUUAGGGAUAAACCUCACCUCAGACCCUUCCAAGUUAUAUGAGAAGAAUUAUACCCCACUUAUUAAAUACUUAAUAAGGGACUUGGAUAAUUGGAGAAAUAAACCCAUUUCAUGGAUAGGGCAUAUAGAUAGAUAGUAAAAAUUAAUAUCCACACCAGAAUUUUGCUUCAAUCUCUUCAGGUACCAGUUAGCAAAAGAGAUUUAGCCAAUCUCCAAUCAAUUUACUAUUGAUAAAUUUGUUUGGCAGAAUAAAUUACACAGCAUCGCUCAGUGUUUUAUACUGAUCCAAUAAGUUGGAGGCUUAGGUCUUGGUAAACUAUUCCUAUAGUAACCUUUGGCACAAUUAGUUCAGAUUGUGACAUGGCACUCAUCACCAGAGCAGAGAAGAUGGACUAAUUUGGAAGCCCUAUUUAAGGGGGCUGAUCUCCCAUAGUUUAUUUAAAUUGGUCCACAAAAUAGGGCAUUUUUACGCACAAACUGCCUUUAAAUUCUGAACUCUAACUGUAUCUGGGAUACAUUUUCAGUCAAAUACUUACCUGCGACUCCCUUCUUCCAUGACCCCAUUCCUGAGAAGCUGAGCAUUCCUAGCUGGUAUGAAGCCCAUAGGCUUUAAAGGCAUAGAAUAAGCAGGCAUUCAGAGAAUAGGUAUCUUGUAUAUAGACAAUAACUUGGUCAUAUUCAUCACAUUCUUAGAAUUACAGAACCGAACCAGACUCAAUCCAGGGGACUUCUUCAAAUACCUCCAAAUGUGGGAUAUUGCAUCCCGAGGAGAAAUUUAAAAGGCAGUUAAAAUUCCCCUGAAAAACUAUGCUUAACUGAAAUACCUCAAUAGACCUAUGGGAAGGGUACCUGGGAGAGACACUGGAGGGCGGGCAGUGAGAAGACAUAUGGGAAGAGCCCUGGCCCAAUAUUGGUUAGGGAACAAAACAACCGCAAUUGAAUGUGUGAGUCAAAAAUUAGAGCCAACUAUCUUAUGGACAAAACAACCCAAGGGAAAAAUAAAAUACCCCUUUUCCAGAAAGUAUGGGAAAUGGAAGAAUCCCCUUCCCUUACAUACCUCACCCCUACUUUUCCUUGUUGCUUAUUCAUUUUUACAUUGUUUUUUACGGUGAUUUUUCUGUUCUCUGGAUAAAAACGCAAGUCGGCUAUACAUUAUGUCUUGUAUAUUUUAUGUCUUGAUGCAAACAGAUGUAUUGCUACUUGCACCUAAAUAAAGAUUAUUUUUUUAAAAUAGUAAUAUUUUACAUGUAGGAAAUGCAAUUAUUAUCAUCAUCUGAAUUUCAGAAGACCCAAAAUGUUUUCAUCAGAAUUUUGUUAUUUACUGUAUUUAGACAGUUUGUAUACAUUCUGUACAUCAGCUGGAAAAACAUUCACAUUAAAUGGACCUAAAAACGAGAGAGGAUUGAUUAUAUUUGUUCACACAAUGCUAACUGCUGCAGUAUGAAUUCAUUCUUUAAAGCAUCUUUUCAUCUCACGCAGAACUAAUUAUGAACAAAAAUUCCCUUAUUAUUAUCGGCUUGUAUAAAAUGCUAAUUAAUUCCUAGACAAAAUAACCAGUUUUCCUAUUAGCCAGAAAACUGUCACAUUCUGAUUUCUUCUGUAAACUGUAUACAUGUUCUGAGAAUAGUUUCCAUAUUCUAAUAUGGCAUUUAUUAUUUCAGGAAUUUAACAACCCUGAACAUGUCUGCAAAACACCAAAUUGCGGUGAAUAAAACCAAACUGCAAAAUAUAAGCAACAUUAGCUAAUUUUGUAAAGUUAUUCAACUCAGUUACAGUUAAAGUUGAAUUUUGAACUCAAGAAACACUUCACUGUCCAAAUAAAAAAAUAAAUUAAAAAAAACAUAUUGCUAUUUAGAACAUAAGAAAACAUGCAUGCAUUUAAUUAUGUAUGUUUUUAUGGGGGUAUAUCUAAAACAGGUCAGCUGUUUUGCAAGCCAUCCCCCUUUUCCCCAGCCCACACUUUCUGUGGUUGACAAGAUCAUUCCAAUGCAGCUAAUUGAAAGGAUUUUGCUAGGCAGGUGCUCUGGGUUAUUGCCUGCUUCUUGAGUUUAACUUCACUUAGAUAAACAACUAGUAAGUAACGGGACUUUUUGUCUGAUUGACAGCCAUGCAGAGUAUUCAGCUGUAAUGUAUAAAAGUGCCAAUUUGUAUUGAAAUCUGCACUUUUUGUAAAAUGAAAAAAGAUGACACCCUUUUCACACAUAAUGCAUUUCACGCAAGAUAAUGUGAUUUAGGUGUUUGGAAUAUUUAAUUAACUUGCAAAGUAUUAAUUAAACACUAUAACCACUAGUGUGCUAGGAUAUCCUUAGCUGUGAAAACACAAUACCAAGAUAGAUUGAGUGGAGAGACAGAGUUGCCUUGCCUCCAGGGCCGGAUUACCAUAGGGGCUGAUGGAGCUGCAGCUCCAGGCCAAGGCCCAGGCCCAUGGAAUAGGCCCAUUGAUUUACAAAAAAAGAAAAUAUUUUAUUUUAAAUUUUUUUUAUUUUUUUUUAUUUUUUACACACUACUCUUAGGGUUGCCAGGUAUUUCUCAUGUAUUUCUCAGAAGUAUUUCUCAGGUAUUUGAGGCUGCCUAGCCGGUGCUGGUAUUGCAGUAAUACCGGCAAUAGAAAUGUCUGUUUUAGUAUAAACAGAGAUUAUUUUGCAGUACCAGCGCCGCCAGUAGGGUUCGCUGUUUGUGUGGAGAGAGGCAGUGAUAAGAAGUUACGGCAUCUCCCUCCCUGCCUCUCUCUACUCACUGAGAGUCCAGACAGCAGCUCCGAGACAUGGGGAUGCUGAGACAUUGGGACACUGGGGAACAUGUGCAGUGGCCCCUUGUCUCCCAGUGGCCCCUAGUCUGUGUCCCCAUGUCUCCCAGCCAUUGUCCCUAGUGUCUCAGUGGCCCCAUGUCUCCCAGUGUCCCCUAGUGUCCUAGUGGCAUCGGGACACUGGGAGACAUGGGGACACAGACUCUAAGGGACACUGGGAGACAUUGGGAUACAAACACUAGGCACACUACAGACACUGAGAGACACCAGGGACACAUGGAGAUACUGAGAUACUAUGGACACUGGCUGGGAGACAUGGGGACACUGGGAGUGCCCCAUGUCUCCUAGGUCUCAAAGUCGCCCAGUGUCCCCAUGUCUCCCUGUGUCCCCCAGUGUCCCCAGGUCUCCCAGUGUUCCCUAGUAUCUGUGUCCCCAUGUCUCCCAGUGUCCCCAUGUCUCUCAAUGUCCCCUAGUGUCCUAGUGACAUGGGGACACAGACACUAGGGGACUGGGAGACAUGGGGACACAGACAUGCCCCCUUUUUGUGUAUGUACGCCCCUUCUGCUUAUGUGAUUUGUGUCAGUGGCCCACCCUAUUACCGCAUCCAUAGACUUCCUGCUUUACUGGACACUGCUGUUAGGGGGUAUGGCUUGACUUGAAAGAUGAAAGCGUGAGAUUAGCAAAGGGUAUGUGUUUUCUCAUAGUUGCAUCCUAUGAGUUUCCCUCCAGCACCAUCUCCAUCAGAUACAUGAUGCUUAGGAGGCAGGAUUGUUUUAGUGUUUUUGGUCAAUAAGAUUUUGUAAUUAGGCCCAUCAUAAUUAUCAGCACCAGGCCCACUGGGCUCUUAAUCUGGCCCUGCUUGCCUCUGUCAGUCGUCUUCUUGUCAUAAAUGUACCCACUGAAGCUCCUCUUUCCAGUGAGGUACCUGAGCCAUAUGCAGAUUUUAUGGAAUGUAUUUGACUAGAAAGAGACUGACCAAUUGCCACCAUAUGACCUACAUGAUUGUGCCAUAGAGAUCCUCCUGGGCACUAAAGGGUUCUAGGGUCUUUACCAAAUUGGUCCUCAGGGGAGCUUACAAAUUGGCAAGGUUUAAACCCAGUGGCGAAUGGAAGACAACCUUUUCAGCCACAAGUGGGCAUAAUGAGUAUAUGGUAAUGCUCUUUUGUUUAUGCAAUGCCUCAGCCAUCUUCCAAGAACUUAUCAAUGAUAUACUCAGCGACCACAUACAUAGUUUUGUGAUAGUGUACUUGGAUGACAUUUUGGUGCAUUCUUUUAACUUGCAGACCAAUCAUAUGCAUAUAACUUUGGUAUUACAAACAUUUUUAGACAAUUGAUUAUUUUGUAAGAUGGAGAAAUGUCUAUUCUGCCAGACCCAAGUACACAUGUGCUAUGUGAUUUUAGGUUCUGUGAUCCAAAUAAUUUUGAAAAAUGGCUAUUCUGCAAUGGCCCUUGCAUUUAGGUCACAAGGCGAUCUGAUUCUCAAGUAACUAUAGAAGGUUCAUAAAGGGCCUGUCCACUCUCCUUGCUCCAGUUGAUGACGAAUGGAGCUAAUACGCAUAAAUGGGCCCCUCAAACUAUAAAAGCAUUUGAAGAGCUUAAAAAUGCCUUUGGCAUUUUAGUCUGACACUUUUUUUCAUGAGUUAUGCCCUCCACUUACUUGAAUCUCUACCUGAGUGAAAAGGGUAUAUUCUGAAAUAUUUGAUCAUGGAGAAUCUACAUCAUGAUACAUUUUACAACUCCUGAGCAAGUAGGUAAACAGUUGGGUUUUCAAAGAUCUCUAUGGCCUAACUGUCAUAGAGAUCUUUGAAAACCCAUCUGUUUACCUACUUGCUCAGGAGUUGUAAAAUGUAUCAUGAUGUAGAUUCUCCAUGACCAAAUGACAUUUGGACCCAUGCCAUUAAUGUUGGAAGUCUUUGAUUUUAUAUAUGAUUUUAUCUAUAGCAAACCAGUAACCAACCUCAUGCUGAUGAUUUGCAUUAACAAUGAAACAGCUGUCAAUGAGUGGUUCACUGGCUUUGCAUCUUUUCCCAAGUUGUGUUUCAAAGUUGUUGUAUACAGCAAACACAGACUCCAUGUUUAAAAUGGAAUUAGGCAAAAAUGUGAUUCUUUGUUAAACUAAUUUGCAUAUGCCCACCCAGAAUCCUUUGCAGUAGUAACAUCACUGCAAAUUUGUGAUUUCUGUGGGAAAAGCAAGUCUUAUGGCUUGACUGGUGUGCACAUUUUUGUUUAACAUUGUAUUAAGUAUAUAUAUAAUCAAAGACUUCCAACAUUCAUGGCAUGGGUCUAAACGCUAAAUGAGAUAUAUAUAUAUAUAUCUAUAUAUAUAUAUAUACACCAGCUUUAUUGUCAAAAUUUACAGACUUUCACCUUCUUGCAAUGAAAAAAUCAAGCAAAAGAAAUUGAAUAGAAUCCCUCACAACAGCACAAAUAUGCAAAACAGGUGUAGUCUCAAGCACAACUAUUUCAACUAAUCAAUGGCUUCCUUAGUUGCACCAGAUGUGCAUGAGCUGGAGCACUUUAAACACCUGAACUGGAUGGGGGUUUGUUGGGUGUCACGUUUGACUACAUGUUAGAAAAAAGUUAAUAGAAUGGUCCACAGAGUUAAGAGAAGAGAUCAUCACUUUUCACAAACAAGGAACAGAAGAGACAAAAGUGGUAAGUGGGAAGAACAAUAAUAGUGUGAGUGAGUCUUUUAUAAGCUUUUAUAUACUCUUAUUUCACUUGACAUAUUGCACUAUUAUUGUUCUGUACUUUUUUGCCUUGAAGGUUUUAUACAUUCCUAAUUAGAGGAUUCUCUGUAUGUAUAUAUUUUAAUUAUUAUUUGCACUGUUUGGGCGCGGUUUACCACUUUUGUCUCUUCUGUUUUACUACUGUGAGCAGGUAUUGGGAAUUCCUGCUUGGUUCACUGCUGCCCACCUUUAGUUUAUUUAGCGAGCGCCUAACUCCUCUUUGUUACAAACAAGGAACAGUAUACAAAAAGAUAGCGAAGGCACUGAAUCUUCUUAGAGACACCACUGGAAGCAUAGUUGAAAGUUAAAGGAACAGUGGUUACACUACCUGGAUAGGGCAGAAAAGACUUCUGAGAAGGUAGAUUGUGAAAACCCUUUUGAGUGACUGCAAAAUAUCUGCUGCAAGACUUGGUGGCAACAGGCACUGAGGUUUCAGUGAGCACAGUAAGGUAUGCACUAAACGCAGAAUGUUUCCAUGCAAGAGCUCCAAGAUGUACACCACUACUGACCCAAAAGUCGGCUCCAAUAUGAUCAAAAUCAUAUAUAUAUAUAUAUACAUGCCCCAAAAGUUUUGGGAUUUUGUUCUGUGGAAUGAUGAAGUAAAAGUGGAACUUUUCAUCCCAAUGAAUCAGCGGUUUGUCUGGAGGAAGAAGAAUAAAGGAUAUGCUGAAAAUAACACUCUGCCUACAGGUAAGCAUGGUGACUCAGUAAUGCUAUGGUGCUGGCUUGCAUCCUAUGGCACUGGAAACCUGAAGCGUGUGGAAGGCAAGAUGGAUUCAGUAUCAGGAAAUCCUAGGACAUAAUGUCAUGUCAUAUGUGAGGACUCUGAAGCUUGGGCAUCAUUGGACCUUCCAACAAGACAAUAAUCCCAAGCAUACCAUUUUGACCCCGGUGGAGUAUAUAUACAGACACACAUACAUACUUCCAACAAAUUUGCUCAUGAUUCUCCACUCAUUAUUAUUAAUAUUAUUACGAUAUUUAUAGAGCGCCAUCAAAUUCUGCAGCACUUUACAAUGGGUGGACAAACAGACAUGUAGUUGUAACCAGACAAGUUGGACACACAGAAACAGAGGGGUUGAGGGCCCUCCUUACAUGUUAAUGGGCUUCUUGUAAAGGGAGUCCUUAAGUUGAGAAACAUGCUGUGUAUCUGCUCCUUUUCUCUGUACAGGAAAGGAAAGACAGUGAACAUGAUGAGGCCCCAGAGAUAUGCUUUCUCGCAGAGAAUGAGCAGACUCUAUUUAUUUCCCUAGGGAUUGUGGCUGCCUAGCACUAAGGGCGCUGGGCAGCUCUCUGUGGGAUGUAUCGAGGUAUGGCAGCUGUGUCUCUCACAGGUUAUAGAUCAAGUGAUAUAUAAUGUAAGUGACUCGCAGUACAAGUCUUAAAAAGGCAAAAAUAUUGUUUUACUAUGCAGAAUAUUUGUCACAAACAGUUCACCGCUAUUACGUAGAUAAUGUGGUGUACAGAGGUUUCAAAUAUGUAACACCUUCGGUACCAUAGGUUUGCUGCUCUGACAUUGAAAUGUUUUUUUGCGUGUCCUUGGAUGAUAGCGGAAGGGAUGUUAGUGCUUAUUAUGUGACCGAUGUUUUGGGAAAAACUCACUUCAAGUUUAGAUAAAGGGGACAUCUAUCCCCUGGUUCUAUAUACCCAUGUAGAAGGUAUAUAUUUUGUCAGGAGACUGAAAACCUGUCGCCUAUCAUCAUUAUAAUUUUCAUUGCUUUGUUCUGUAGCCCUAGGGACAAGAUGAAUAAGCCAUCAAAUGAAUAUCAGAUUUAUGGGACGGUAAGACAGAUAUUGACAGGAGGCAACCGUAACAUGGGAUGGACAUUUUCUUGUCUGAAGCUUCGGUGCCACUACUGAAGAAACUAUGAUCAAAAAGUGCUUCAAAUUUUGACUGUCCAACUCACCCCUUUAUAAUAAGUAAAUAUUAUAAUUUAACUGCCCACAAAAUGAGUGGGGCUCACCUAAAUAGUUAGCAAAACAUUAUAUUGUUUGUAGACAUGUAUCAACAUACUUUAGUACCAUCACAUAUUCAAGUAGCCUUUCACCUAGUGUACCUCAUACAUACAGACACACAGUCACAAAAUAUAUGCCUUCUGUAUGAGUGCGUAGAACCAGGGGAUAGAUGUCCCCUUUAUUUAAACUUGAAGUGAGCAUGUACAGGCAUACCCCACUUUUAAGUACACAACGGGACCAGAGCAUGUAUGUAAAACGAAAAUGUACUUAAAGUGAAGCAAUACCUUUUUUUACUUCCCAAUGCAUGUACUGCCUUGCAGUAGUAAUUUACAGGCAUAACUAAUACUGCAACUGCAGAUUUCCAGUGAUUUUAUUUCCAGUGAUUUAUUUACUGAUUUCCAAUGGGCUUUUAUUCAGAUAAAACAAACAGUAAAAAGAAAAAUCUCAUUCCAGAUUGUACCAUUUAUCUUUAAUGUGUUAUUCAUCUGACAGCCUUAAACUGGGAGGAAAAGUAAAAUAAACCUGCCAACUGGGCCAUUUUCUGUCAAUACAGUGCCAAUUUGUAUUUGUUAGCAGCUUAUUUGCACACUUUGUUUAGAAACACCUCUUCAUCACUUUAACCAUGUAUGGUUUAACUUGGAAUCCUCAGAAUUGUGGCUAAUGCAGCUAAGCUGCUAAGUCAUAGUUAUAGAAAAUGGCAGGGUAAACCCUUUAAUUGGAUGGCGCCUGUAACGGAUCACCUGGCACCCCGACUGGGUACCUCCGUUGAAGGAUGCUCUUAGCGCUUCCUGAGGGCUCCAAGCACUCCAGCCGACACCAUAACCACCGUAGACUCCUCCAGCGAGCAAAACAGGAACAAGCUCUUAAAAGAACUUAGUAGUAAUAGCAAGUAUAGCAAGGGAAUAUGCAGAGCCUAGCAAUCCCUUGUAGCAGAUUCCCCCAAUAAGAGAUGGCACUCCAAAUUGAGGGUGAAGUAGAACUAGGCAGAGCUGUGGGUUUAUUGUUCUUAUAUACACAUUCUUACACAUUAUUACCACCCACAGGGUUUUGUAAAACAAUCAAUAAACACGUACAAUACACUCAGACACUCCCACACAAAAUCCUCUCCACUGCCUGUGAUACAAUUACCUUACACAAUGGGUUAAUGUAAUUAUCACAGGCAGGAAAAUACACAGUUUUACACAAUAUUUAUAACUUUAAAAGUAUGCAUCACAUUCACAUAAAAUUUACAUUUCAGAAUCGGCAUACUCCAAAUACAAACAUACGUCGAAAUCAUACAAAUUGGUCCAGUGGGUCAAAAGUUAGAUCAAAGUCCUUUGUGACCAAAUGAAGCAUGGCUUUUCUGCCCAAAACCGGUUCCACAGAGUCUUCUAUCCUGGAGAUAAUUGGGAAGUAAUCCAAUUAUCUCCAAGGACAGAGGCAAAACUCCAUUAGCCAUGGUAGCAAAAGACAAAAUACAUAAAUAUAUAUAACUGUGCAGCUAUUGCAUAAAACUGGUACAUUCAACAUAUCCCCAGAUAGCUUAGAUCUGAGCGCACAUUAUUACUGAAUGGCGCUCAGAUCACAUACAUACAGUUCAAUUGCCAUGGAGUCUUUCACAUAGUCUUUCGUUAUACGAAUGGGCUCCAUGGCAUAGCUAUCUGGGGUAUCACUGUUCAAAUAGGGAAAGUACCGAAUGACCCGGCUUUCUUGUCCUUGCAGGGGAAAAUCAAGCGGUUCAAGAUGGGGCCAUAGUCCAGGGGGAGCAGGCAAGCAACCAGGCUCCUCCAAUGCCCAGUGGCGGGGUUGGUACCGUCACAUCGCCGAUUGCAGAAUAUGGACAAUGUAGGGGCAGAAAAAAUAUAUAUAUGUUCAGCUAGGAGUAGGCAUUAUAAAUUUGAGAUGAUUAACCUGUGUCAUGUCACAAGGUGUGAAAAGUUAUUGCCCCAAAUAGAACCUAUUUACUGUUCACUCGCAGACAGAAGAGGAGCAGGAAUGUCAGUACUCGCGAGUGUACUUAAAGUGGGUGUAUUCCCACAACGUUGGUCACAUAAUAAGUACUAACAUCCCUUCGACUUUCACCCAAGGACACGCAAGAAGCAUUUUAAUGUCAGGGCAGCAAACAGCACUUUUGGUACUGAAGGCGGUACCUAUUUUAACAUUAUAGUGUUAGGAAUACAUGUAUGUAUUGACUAAUAUAUCUGUGCACAACAGAGAAGCAAUUAAGCCUAACUUUUACUAGCCUUUCCUUGAGGCUCUUCCCUUUGCUACAUCCCAUGACUGAGCUUGUAUCUUGUACUAUCUAACACAUCUUAUUUAUUGAAAUGCAGUAUUUAACAUUUGUGCUAAUUUAGUAUGUGUCAGCUAUUCUUAAUAUUUUGAUAUAGGUAGUUUAUUGAUGUACCUCAACACAUGUACAGACUUGUCUCUUUCAUAGGCUCAAUAAGAGUCACUAAGUAAAGAGUCACUAACGAGUGAACAAUCAAUGUGUUAAGCCAUUGGAUGUGAUAUAUUUUAGUUUUAUUUGAAUAUGAUUGUAGUAGGGUAGAAUAAAAAGGCCAUUAAACAUGCAAAUGUUGACUAUGUGGUUUGGUUUGUUUUUGUGUGUUUCUUAAUUGCUUAGUAAACACUGUGAUUUUUCUGUACUAUACAGAUGCUGGAUCUCCGACUCCCCUCCUCUUUCUCUAUGUUUGAUUUGAUCUCAGGAUUCUGCAAUGACAUUGUCAGUUCAGCUCAAAGUUUCAUUUCCUCAACUUGGACUUUCUAUCUGCAAGCUGAUGAUGGUAAAGUUGUGGUAUUUCAAGUGAGUAUCAUAGGAAGAGUAAAAAAGGCUGAAUUAAUUAUGCUCUUUUGGCCAUCAUAUAUUAUAUAAAAUAAAUAUAUAUUUAGCUUGAUGAAUCAGUUUUGGUGUAUUGAUCAUGCCCCUGCAUUCCAGAUGCUCAAUUCUCUGCUAUUUAGGAGUUAACUCACUUUGUUUAUACAGCCCUAGUUACACCUCCCGUGCAUGUGAUCUACACAGUCUCCUUACACACUUCCUGUAAAAAGAAAUCUAACUAUUAAACUUCCUUUUUUGCACCGUGUGUUUAAUUUAGAAUGUCUUAUCUCCUACUCUGUUAAUAGCCUGCUAGAGGCCGCAGUAGCUGUGUGUGUGUGUGUGUGUGUGUGUGUGUGAUUAAAGUUUAUUUAACAGUGCAGGUGAUAAAACUUCUAAAAUAAUAAUACUGUGCUGUCACAUCUGAUUGAAUAAGGAGCCAUUUAUUCAUGAAGGCUGUGUCAAUCACAGCCAGGGAAGGAGUGGCAAGGGAUGCAUACACAGAAAUAUGUGAUUUAACUCCUAAAUGAGAGAGUUUUACUUAUCUCAAGCUAUCACUCAUGGCCACUUCCAAUUUCGUCCAGCAGGUCAUCUUCAGCUAUUGUUACUUGUUAAUUGCCAGGAGCCACGUUAGUGCUGUAUUCUCUCCAUAGACAGAGCUUAGUGUAUCCUUGAUUAAUGUUUUAGACUGCUACACUCCACACUCAUGUAAUUCACCCUAUCUAAGUCAUUCUGUAGCUGUAAGUGGGCUGUGGGUAUGUGUCUGAUGUUUGUUCUAAAAUAAGAACUUUAAUUCGCAACCUCAUGGAUAACAAGGUUAACUUCAGUUAGGUAUUACAAUUUAGACAUUGUGUAAACUAUACAUUUUGCUGGCGAAGUGCGCAGUUAAUGUAUAGUUUAAGAGAUCUACUUACUAUAAAGAGAAAUGUCACAGUUGUGUUAUUAAUCCAGUAUCUCAGUAAAUGUUAGAUAUGGGAUCCACUGUAUAGAAAAAAAAAUGUUUGCAUUGGAUUUGAACGUGGUAAUGUUUGGAAGUGAUUUUAAUGAACAGGGAAGUAUUUAGAAAAGAAAAAUUACAUCUUUCACAUUUAUAUUGCAGACCCGUCCUUUCUUUUCAUCCUCAUUAAAUGCAAAACUUCUUGCUGCUUCACCCACCUUAUUAAUGUGGUAGUAGAAGUUUUUAUACCCUCCAGCAUCUCUAAAGGUAGCAUGCGUAGGGAAUAUAAUGUUAUAUUCUUGACACUUGCUGCCUGUUAUUGGGCAGCCCACUGAGAGGAAGUAGGAAGGAGUCUGUGGUAGCCAACACACAGCUUUCCUGCUUACCCAUCACUAGAGAUCAGACACGCUACAAAUUAAGCCUAUUUUUUUUUACCUAUAUUUAUGACAGGGGAAAGCUGUAUGCGGAAAGGGAGGUUUAUUCUUCCAAACGUUAUAUGUGUGUGUGUGAUCUAACUUUGUAAAUAGGUGAUUUUUUUUCUGUGUAUCUGACUAUUGCUGUGAUUAUGUGUCUAUGUAUGUACAUGACUGUGUGUCGGUGUGUGCCCAUAUGUGCAUGCACCGAAGUGUGUUAUUGCACAUAUGUGACACUCCGUGUGUGUGUGUGUGUAUGUGUCACUGUGUGCAUGUCUAUAUAUGUGUGUCUUUAUAUGUGACUGUGUGUCUGUAUGUAUGAGGUUGAAUUUGUGAUGGUAAAAAAGUAUGUUGAUACCAAUACAAACGACCGGACCUAUGCUGGUUAAUUCUUUGUUAUCCAUGUCUAUCCCUCCCUCUUAUGUCUUUACUUCUGUUUCUUAGCAAAUAUUAUUUUAAAUCUACUUCAGAUCAUUUCUAGCCUUUUCCUAGUUCUUUUAGAUAUACCAUAACAAUGUUCUUAUAAUUUAGAGAACAUCAUAGUUGUUAAAGAUAUAAUAAAAACUAGCAUAUUGCGUAUGUAUUUUUUAUGCAUUAUAGAGACAGUACUUAAAAAGAUAUAUUGUUCAUAUAUUCUUCUUCAUUUGUGAUUUUUUUGUUCUCAACUGUACCCAAUUUUAUAUUUUUUAUGUUGAAUUAAUAUUUCCAAAUGAAAUUUUUUUUUAAUUUUUAAACAAUUGAUGCCUUUCCCAUCAUGUAAAAUGAAAGAAAGUGAUGUACAUUUUUCUCUUAAAUUUUUUCAUCUGUAUAUUUAUUUUCUAGUCCCAGCCAGAGAUAGAAUACCCAGUUCUAGAAUUACAGGCUCCCAGAUCAGAUGUCACAGAGAAGACUUGGCUUACAUCCAAGUUCAACACCUUGAAACCACACACAGGUAUAUAGGACAGUGAGAUUAAAGGUACAAACCCUUUGCAAGUGGUUGUAAAAGUCUACACACAGUCAUCAACGUCACUAAGUUUGACUGUGAUAUUUCAGCAUUGUCAUUUGGUAUUAUGCAGUCAACCAUUGUGCAAGAUGGAAUUAUAAAUGCAUGGUGUUUCCACCAAAUUACAGUUGCAAGAAAAAGUAUGUGAACCCUUUGGAAUCAUAUGGAUUUCUGCACAAAUUGGUCAUAAAAUGUGAUCUGAUCAUCAUCUAAGUCACAACAAUAGACAAUCACAGUCUGCUUAAACUAACACACAAAGAAUUAAAUGUUGCCAUGUUUUUAUUGAACACACCAUGUAAACAUUCACAGUGCAGGUGGAAAAAGUAUGUGAACCCUUGGAUUUAAUAACUGGUUGAACCUCAUUUGGCAGCAAUAACUUCAACCAAACGUUUCCUGUAGUUGCAGAUCAGACGUGCACAACGGUCAGGAGUAAUUCUUGACCAUUCCUCUUUACAGAACUGUUUCAGUUCAGCAAUAUUCUUGGGAUGUCUGCUGUGACUCGCUUUCUUGAGGUCAUGCCACAGCAUCUCAAUCGGGUUGAGGUCAGGACUCUGACUGGGCCACUUCAGAAGGCAUAUUUUCUUCUGUUUAAGCCAUUCUGUUGUUCAUUUACUUCUAUGCUUUGGGUCAUUGUCCUGUUGCAACACCCAUCUUCUGUUGAGCUUCAGCUGGUAGACAGAUGGCCUUAAGUUCUCCUGCAAAAUGUCUUGAUAAACUUGGGAAUUCAUUUUUCCUUCGAUGAUAGCAAUCCGUCCAGGCCCUGACACAGCAAAGCAGCCCCAAACCAUGAUGCCCCCACCACCAUACUUCACAGUUGGGAUGAGGUUUUGAUGUUGGUGUGCUGUGCCUUUUUUUCGCCACACAUAGUGUUGUGUGUUUCUUCCAAACAACUCAACUUUGGUUUCAUCUGUCCACAGAAUAUUUUGCCAGUACUGCUGUGGAACAUUCAUAUGCUCUUGUGCAAACUGUAAACGUGCAGCAAUGUUUUGUUUGGACAGCAGUGGCUUCCUCUGUGGUAUCCUCCCAUGAAAUCCAUUCUUGUUUAGUGUUUUACGUAUUGUAGAUUCGCUAACAGGGAUGUUAGCAUUUGCCAGUGACUUUUGUAAGUCUUUAGCUGACACUCUAGGAUUCUUCUUCACCUCAUUGAGCAGUCUGCGCUGUGCUCUUGUAGUCAUCUUUACAGGACGGCCACUCCUAAGGAGAGUAGCAGCAGUGCUGAACGUUCUCCAUUUAUAGACAAUUUGUCUUACCAUGGACUGAUGAACAGCAAGGCUUUUAGAGAUACUUUUAUAACCCUUUCCAGCUUUAUGCAAGUCAACAAUUCUUAAUCGUAGGUCUUCUGAGAGCUCUUUUGUGCGAGGCAUCACUCACAUCAGGCAAUGCUUCUUGUGAAAAGCAAACCUAGAACUAGUGUGUGUUUUUUAUAGGGCAGGGCAACUGUAACCAACACCUCCAAUCUCAUCUCAUUGAUUGGACUCCAGUUGGCUGACAUCUCACCCCAAUUAGCUCUUGGAGAUGUCAUUAGUCUAGGGGUUCACAUACGUUUUCCACCUGCACUGUGAAUGUUUACAUGGUGUGUUCAAUAAAAACAUGGCAACAUUUCAUUCUUUGUGUGUUAUUAGUUUAAGCAGACUGUGAUUGUCUAUUGUUGUGACUUAGAUGAUCAUCAGAUCACAUUUUAUGACCAAUUUGUGCAGAAAUCCAUAUCAUUCCAAAAGGUUCACAUACUUUUUUCUUGCAACUGUAUAUACCAUUGUCAAUUAUACAUAAUAUGGGCUUCAAUUUUAAUAUUUUUUGAUAAGCUUUUAAAAUUAUGUGAUAUUUUUGGAUAAAUUUGUAAAAAUUAUUUUGAUAUUUUUUUUAUAUAUGGCAUAUAGGCUGUCCUCAGGGUCAACGAAUUGGUCUGUAAGUGAGGAUGUGUUAGCGAGCAUGCGAAAGAGAGCAGGUCUACAAUUCCCCCAAAAUUAGACCAGUUCACUAGUGCAGGGAAUCCUUAAGUGCAAGCCAUCGUAAAACAAGUAGGUCGUUAAGUGAGGACCACCUGAAUUUUUUAUAUUUUAAUAUUUGAGGGAAAAACUUUUUUUUUUGUACCCAAAAUAUGAAAUAAUUUAAAAAAGCCUUUUCAAAAAUAUUAAGUCAAUUCUACUGAGUGCAGAUAUAAGAUAUUAUAAUAUAGUAACAUAGUGCAUAUUUUUAUUUUUAUAAACAACAGAUAUGCAAAUAAGGUUGAGGUCCGUUAUAAUUAUAUGGAAAUUGCUGCAAAUUAAACAUUGUCACCAUUCAUUUAACCCUCAAAAUAUACUAACAAAGCAAAAUAUAAGGGACACUAAAGUCACCCAAACCACUUCAUCUCAGUGAAGUGGUUUGGGUUCAGGGGCCUAUAUAUUUAAUACUGCAAUAUAAAACAUUGCAGUUUUGUAGAAACUGCAAUGUUUAUAUUGCAGGGCUAAACACAUCUCUAAGUAAAAAUUGAUCAUGUGAUGUUGCAUAUUAUAGAAAAACAUGAAAUUCAUUUUUUUUUCUUUUGAGAAGCAUUUGGAUGCCCACGCAGAGCUGGCAAAGGCAUGGGCAUGAGUCCAAAUGCUCCUCUGUGUCACAGAAGGUUGGGUGCUCGGCAGCACCAAGGUAGCCUCACCACAAUAAUAAUAAUAAUGCAGAAAUUACUUAAAUGGUUACUCCAAGCACCAUGGCCAUUUAAGUGAUUUGAAGUGGUCAUGGUCCAUUAGCCUGUAUGUGCAGCAUUUCAGUAUGAAGCUCUGAUCACACUGAGAUCAUUGAAGUCAACCUACAGCAACAUAAUUAGUAGCCCUGGAAUGAGAGUAUGUUAAAUCAGUGCAUAAAAAAAACAUCCAGUGUCAGACCGCAUAACAUGUUAGCGACUGACGUCCAGUAGUGGCAUAGUCUCCCCCCGGUGCUGCCCCUUCCUUAGCCCAGCCUCUCUGGCAUUCCUCUCCCUGCAUUGAGGAGGGAAAUGGCAUCAUUGAAGAUUAAUCAAAGUGCAGGAAGAACUUAGUCUGAGGAAUUUGUUACAGGCUGUUCUAAUACUCAUCAUGAAUCCUUGGCAAUGCUGACACGUGUGAAGUUGUAGUUGAAGUUCAGUAUAGUUUAUUUGUUUGUUAUUAAUGUGCAGUUGUCAUCCCUAACAUGACCUGGUAUCACUUUAAAGAGCACGAUGUCCUCAAAAGGCUGGAGAGGCUGUGCAUGCCAAGACUUUUGUGAUACUAUCAUGAGAUUUAGAGGCGAGUCAGCUAUUCAAAGCUAUAACUCAUACCGCGCUAUGUCACUCCAUCCAACCAAUGUAGAAUUUGGGUGUUAUCAAACUGAAAGCUCAAAAUAUUCUUCCCUGAUUGGGAAUGUAUAGUGGAGGAAAUAAUAUGAUCUAGUGACAUCAUAUAACAAUUCUGUUGAUAUUUGAUUUAGUGUUGUGAAUAUGAGGUUAAGUAAGUAUGGUAGAUAGACUUGCACAACAGUUGGCAGUCAAAAUGUGAUGAUUGUGUUUUGUGCAUACAUUUUGAAAAUGGUUACUCUUACAUGCUUUUUUAUUUAAAUAGAGAUCAUUUUCAAAUUCUUCAUAGGUCUGCGGGACAAACUAGAAAAGCCCUCUGCAAAGGACUCAAAGAUGAAACACAAGCUGCCUCAUAUGGAGACAUCACAAUCAGAGCAUGAUUUCCUAGGAUGUAUGUCCAAGUGAGUAAACUAGAGCUUUUUAUGUUGUAUUGAUUAAGAAAAAUACAUCAUUGGUACUAACAUAAUUAAAGAAGAUCUAUCCCUCUGUGGGUUUUUUUUGUGCAUAUUUUGCAAAGAUUCCCAAAAGGGACAUAUUUGGUGUAAGUCUGGUGGCCACUGUUUGCAUGGGAAGGUAAGCUUUACUUACCUCAAGCUCACAACCACUGCCAUCUUCGGCCUGAAGGUCUUUCAGUUGCUAGGAGCAGCUUCAGUGCUCUACUCUCAGAAUCACAAGAUCUAUGGAAGAUCUGGCAAGACUACAGGAGACUCCAUAGAAUAUGACUGAAUCUCAAAGCCAUCACUGCUGCUGGGAUUGGACCAUUGUUAAUGGCAGAGUACACCUUUUGCCAACCUCAGGAUUGUCCAUAAAGCAAAGUAGUCUCUUUGGAUUGCAUUGGAAUUUCACUGAAAUUCCAACACAUUCUUGAUCAGUAAUUGAUAAGGACUAUACCUUCAUGAAAUACUAAAAAGUGUCAGAUCCACUUUUUGUCUAACUUUUAGAUCUUACUUUACAGCUGUGGAUUUUCAGAUUGAUAGUGGUAUUAUGUACACGAGAGUUUGUGUUAAAGAACAUUUGAAUGCUUAAUUGUAGUGAUAUAUUUUACAAUAAGCCUAAGCUGUUGCCUGACCAUGCAGUAUAUUGCAAAGCAUUGGAACCCACACAACUACUCAAACCAUACGAACAGUCCAGAAUUCAGACAUUUUCCAAUUCUGUUUCAAAGGAGAUAAUAACACGAUCUGGACCAUAGGUGUGCUUAAGGGUUAGGCUGGGAAACUGAUAUAUAGGUCAUUGGAUGAAACAAAGAGAAAGAAAGAUGGAAGGAAGUUCUUCCAUGCCAGUAUAGAUUGAACGUAAUAUUUGUCCAAUGCAAACUACAGAAAAUCACAACUUUCCAACAUAAUAAAUCAAAUAAAUAUUUAUUACUACAUAGGAGCACUUAAACAGAUGAAACAGAUUAAACUAGACCCCAAAGAUAAAACGGGUGCACAAAUGUUAAGAAUUCUGCUUUGUAGGUAAAACCUUUUACUAGACCAAGAUUGCAGCAUUUUUUUUGUUUUGUUUUUCUUUCUUUUUUUCUGUGACAUUGAAAAUUUGCUUUUGUUCUGUGUUAUUGAAAACAUGUGCAUGCUAUGCAAAAUACAUUUACUUGAAAACAUACUAUCAUACUGUCAUAUUGGAAAUAUUGCUAUAAGUGUUUUUUUUAUAGGCUCAAUAAAGAUUUUCUUUUGAUAUAAUUGGUGUGUAUCUGGUAUUAUAUUGUACAGUAAAUAAGUAUAACAGACGUGAGAAGCAAUAACAAUGCAUAUCUUAGACCUAACAAAAGAAAAUAGAAGUUCGAGGUUUGCUCUCAUACUGCAAAACGUUGGUAAAAUGGCUAAAGGGGUAAAUACUGGGUAAACAGUGACAUUUAAAUUUUCUGUUCAUAUACCUUUAUGAUUGUACUACACUAUACAUAAUAUAUCUAGCUUAUAACCAUGCACAUUUGAAACGUUAAUUAGAAUAAGGAUGUAUGUGUCACAACUGAACUUUAACUUUGCUACUGUCAUUUAUUUUAUACUCAUAAUAGGAUAUUGUUGGCACCAUGCAGGUAAUGGUGCCAUUUUCUAAAUGCAUGGUCUAUUGAUUUUCCUCUCCCAGGCGCUCUGGACUGCCACGUUGGAUUCUAGCUGCUUGCCUCUUCUUAUCAAUCAUGGUAAUGCUGUGGCUUAGCUGUGCCAGUCUGGUGACAGCACCUGAUCAACACAUAAAGGCACAGGUAGAGUACUUUGACAUAGCAGAACACUUCAAGUCACUUUAAUUGUUGAAUAAACAGAAAGAGCACAGAAUUUGUCCAAUCUCUUUCCUUGUACCAUGUUGUGCAUACAAAAGCUGUGCAAAAGUUUGUUUUGUCCAAAUCAAAUGCCUUUUAAUCUGCACCUGGACAAAUUAAAUAAUUAAGACUCCUCUGGUAUUGAUUCUUCUGUUUGUGGAUUUAAAGGCAUGAACCAUCCGAAACAAUCUUUUGCACCAGUCUAAUGCAUCCACUAUUUUGUCUGCAAAAACUCAGUCACCAUUGACAUACGUAAAUUGCUAAAUAAAAGCAGGUAAAAUAAUCAUUUGUCAUCAUUUUACUUCUGUUUGUGAUUCUCCAGGGGGAUUUGGAAGCUGCUAUUCAGAAAAUAGUUUAGAUAAGUCAUCCACAUAGUUUUACCUUUAAUUAUUCAUAAAAAUUUUACGGGAAGAAUACAUUGUAAAAUUGCAUUUCUGCCAGCAUAUCCUGGAAAGUUCAGCUGACUAAGUAUUACAGUUUUAUGCAUAUAAAGCAUAUACAAAACAAACAUUACAGUUUCAUUGUAAAUACAGAGAGGCAGAACUCUGCCAUUUCAAAGUGGUUAGAGGACAGCUGUUUUCUGGAUGGUUAUUCCAUAUUGUAUUGUUCUGUAGGAGAAGCCUGCUAACCCUACCUAAAAAUACUUUGUGGUACAAGGAAUUAUUUGUCAUAAAAGUUAAAGCGAACUGGAGGUAUUAGAAGGAGUGGGAAACUGAUUUAAUAGCAUGGGGCUCAGCCACUGUAGAAGCAUGCUAGAGAGAUAAUUAUGAACCAAGCAAAAAAGCACUGAUUUUAGGAGAACUUUUGGAUGAUAGUUUAGCAAUGCGAAGUCCAGGUGAUAUAUCAGUCUUGCCACAUUCCAAAAUAUUUUAAAGGAUCACUAUAGGGUCAGGAACACAAACUUGUAUUCCUGACCCUAUAGUGUUAAAUCUAGCCCCACUGGACCCCUCAUGCCUUCAUAAAUAUAGCAAAAUCUUACUGUAUUCAUGCCUAAAGCUGUAACUCUGCAUGCUGUUUGACUCAGAAAAACAAGCAGGCUGCUGACAUCCUCAGAAGUGGUAGCCUGAUCCAAUCACAAUGCUUCCCCGUAGGAUUGGCUGAGACUGUCAAGGAGGCAGAUCAGGGGCAGAGCCAGCAUGAUUCAAACACAGCCCUGGCCAAUCAGCAUUUCCUCAUAGAUAUUAAUUGAAUCAAUGAACCUCUAUGAGGAAAGGUCAGUGUCUGCAUGCAGAUGGAGGAGAUACUGAAUGUUGGAAUGCAUUUUAGGCAGCCAUGACACAGGGAGGAUCUCUAACAGCCAUCUGAGGAGUGGCCAGUGAAGUUAUCACUAGGCCGUAAUGUAAACACUGCUUUUUCUCUGAAAAGACAGUGUUUACAGCAGAAAGCCUGAAGGUAAUGAUUCUACUCACCAGAACAAAGUAAAUAAGCUGUAGUUGUUCUUGUGACUAUAGUGUCCCUUUAAGUGUUAACGGGACCAAGCUGCAAUGUUACAUUACAUUUGGAUAUGUAACUGGGAUUGCUUACGUUGAGUAUUUUGGUGUUUUUCCAAAUACCAUUGAAAUUGAUGAAUGUAAUUGUGUAUGAAAGAUCAUUUUGUUGGUGAGAUCUGUCUUUAAGCUUGAAAUCCUGCUGUAAUGCAAAUUGUGAAAUGUUAUGGUAUCCUUGUAUAAACUAUCGUAUUGUGUGAAUAAAUGCUCACAGUAUUUCAGUAUUCAGUAUUGAACAGGGAUCUGUAUAUUUCAAAAAGACUUGACUCUAAAACAUUACUAAAUCAUAUCUUAUGCGUUGCCACUUGAUUUAAAUUGGUUUGACAGAUUUUCAGCUAUAUUUUGUUGUAUAAAAUGUUUUAAAACUCUAUAUCAGGACUGGGAAAAGGGUAAGUUGUUUCCCCUCAACACAAUGUUAUACUAUAAUUUUGUUUUUUCACAAACAAACUACGAGAAUGGGGAAAGAAAAUAAUAAAAUGACUUGACUGCAAACUUAAGCGAAAGUUUUAAUUAGUAGGGCACGUUUCUACAAAAAAACCAAAAAAACAACUUUUCAGUCAAAUGUAAGGAGUCCCAUAGGAACCAAAACCCAGUUCUUAUUUAGUAAUUAUUGUUUAUAAAAGCGGUACACAUCUAGCGCAAAACCUGUGCAUCCACAAACCAUUGGUUACCAUUCAUCAAAGGAAAAAGUAUGUCAAAACGUUCAAUGCACAAAGCUCUGGUUCUCACUGAAAUUUGUAGUUACUUUUAAAUACUUUGGACACUGUGUGCUCCUUAGUAAUUUUCCUAUUUUAGUUCCUUUGCUUACUUACUCUACCAGUUGUGCUGCUAAAUUUAUCUUAACCCCUUAAGGACGGAGGCAAUUUAUCUUAACCCCUUAAGCACAGAGGCAAUCGAAUUUGAGCUACAGGUUUGUUCCACCAUAAUUUAAGAGUUUUACUUUAAGUGCCCCCACACAUAUUAUAUAUUUGGGCCUUUUAAGGACAGAAAAGGCUUUUAUUUAAUUUCCUAUAUGUAUACCUAAAACAACAACAUAUUGUAUAUAAAAAAUAGAAAACUGGUGGGGGAAAAAACUUGUUUUUUUAUAUUUUUGCUUAUAAUACAUUUUUACACAUCCAGUGCAACAAAAAAAUAAAAACCUCAAAAUAUAUUUAUAUAUCAGUCCUGAUUGUUAAAUGUUGAAUAUGUCUACGAUCUAAAUACCUUUUUUAAGUUAAUGCUAGCCCUAUACCAACCCCCACACUAACGCUAUGACACCCAUACUCCUUACCCAAUGCUUACACUAACUCUAACUGUAUGCCUUAACCAUAACCCUACACUAUACCUAACCCUAAAACAGCAUUCACCCAUACCCAGCAUUAACCCGUAUCUUACCAUAACAGUACCUUAACUCUAAUGCUACCCUACUCUUACCUCUAAAUCUCAAAAAUCACUGCUAAUAUCAUUACUGAUAUUAGAGAUUGGUUUUACUAUUUAACACAGCAAAUGGUGAUCUGUGACCGCCAUCUAAUGGACUUUUUCAAAAUUACACGUAGUAUAAAACAAAAGAAAACUCAUCUUUAUUCCAGUGCUGCAUGGGUCUGCUGGCUCUGGCUCUACCCAUGCUCCACCCACUUGACUGAGAUCAUAAACAGUGAUGAUCUCAGCCAAUCCAACGCUUUCCCAGUCAGCAUCUCCUCAUAGAUAUGCAUUAAAUCAAACUAUGUGGGGAAAGUCCAGUGCAUCCAUGUCACUAGAGGUGUCCCUAGACAGUAAUGUACAAACUGUUUUUUCUGAAAUGGAAGUGUUUACUGCAAAAUGCCUGCAGGGACUGACUAUACUCACCAGAACAACUACAUUAAGAUAUAGUUGUUCUAGUGACUAUAGUGUCCCUUUAACCCUGCUCACAUCAAAUCUAUAGGGUGUUCAGUACGUCCUAACAACAUUAAGGGCAUAAACAAGCUUUCAGUUUAGAGUUCUGUGUGUCAAAAUUCCAAAUAGUCUUAUCACACCUGUAAAAAUGUGGAAUAUUGUUGAUGUAAAAUGUCCAGAAAGAUGUCAUUCUGGAAAUGAAUGAAUGCAAUCAAUUCAUAUAAUUUAUUUUAAAAUAAUAAUUAAUUAAUAUAGAUUGUUUUUACAUUAAAAAUGAAGCUGUAGACAUUUUGUAAUUUAAAAGUAUAAUUUCCUGUUGUUGUCAGUUUCCUGUUGUUGUCAGAUUAACUAGUGAUUUUUCUUUAUUGAAAGUCAUACUCAAUAUGUAAUGUUUCAUCUAUCUCUCUCAAUAGCCACUGAGCAUCAACGGGGACAAAGAAUAUCUUGAUGACAUGGAAAAGCCCGCUCCAUUUCCAUUGCAACCAGUAGUUGCAGUUACUAUCUGCCCCACCGAAGAAAGUGAGGAGGCAGGACCACUCCCAGUCAAGGUUGACCUGGACAAAACCAUGAUUUAAGAUGACCUUUUAUAAACCCGUAGCAUUAGAGGGUGUGUGCAUCACAAUGCAUUGUGGUCCUCUACAGCAUUAGAGGGGAUAUGUCUCUUUAAUUGGGUUUCAUGAACUAUACUCUUUUUGCUUCCUUUCUUUGCAAAGCAUCUAGAUGGUUCAACUACCACAUAAAACCAUGACAGAAAUUAUCUGGUCAUGUGGAAUUUUCUUUGGACAGUGAAAAGCUGCAGUAGGCAUGUUGGCCCUGCAUACAAAAAUGGGUUCUUUUCAAACUGGUGACAAUUGUUCAUAGGUGUAAUACGAAUACAAGGCAAUGGCAGGAUAGAUAUAAUUUAGUGUAGGAAGAACUGGAUUUUAAGAAAUCACAUUUAGGGUUAUUUACUAAAGAGAAAGUUCAAAGUUAACUUCUGAAUCAGAAAGUAAAAAUUCUGAGUCAGAUAGGCAUUUAGUUCAGGGUUUUAAAUUUGAAAGUCACUUUGAAUACUUCUUGAAUAGUCACACUUUAGUAAAUUAACCCUGAUAGGGUUCAAAAACACCAUUUAUAAGUUUAAGCUUUGACAUAUGUGUCACAGUUUUAAAAAUAAAAUACAUCAUGAUUUGCUGUUUAAAUCUAGUGUUUUGUAUAAUAGUAUUUGUAUAAAGACCCUUAUAUGGCAUGUAUUUUAUUAUAUGUUACCCUAAUUAUCAUUUGCUUACACAUCUAUUAAAGGCUACCGUUUUGUAUGCUAAUUGCAACGCAGAUUCCAUGCAAAAAAUGCUGUAUUUUCGGAAUUGUCUGUUUCCUGUAAUCUAGUGCCUAAAUGGGACUUUGUACAUGCAAUAGGUUGUUAUGUUUGCUUUGUAGGUGUUUUUUUUUAUUAUUUAUUUAUAGACGCACAUAUGUUUGUUUUUCGUUAAUUAUUAAUUUUAUUUUUCAGUGGCAAGAAAGCAGGACUUAGUAGAAUAAAACCAGAUUUGCUUGUCAAUCUCUCCCCAUUAUGCUUUUAAUAAAAACUGACUACUUUGAGUUACUGUUGACUGGAAAUAACAUAAUAACAGGAUUUGCAUUUAAAGGGCAGACAUCAUGUUUUCACAUCACAGUAUCUCAUCUGUUUCUUUCAUUAAAAUGCUAGUACAGAAUCACAUGAAAUAAUCUUAAAAACUGGAUCAUGCUGACUUUAAUACGCUUUUAUGCAUUGGUACGAAAAUGAAAAUUAUUGGUAAAAUGUUCUGGUGGAAGUUGAUUGGAAUGUAAGUACAUUUUUGUUAAUGAAAAUCGUCAAAGGCAAUAGUACAACAAUUAUCGCUGCAUAUAUGAGUUAUUUGGUAUAUGUCAGUCUUUCUAUGCAUCUGUCUGUCUGCCUAAACUAUAUUUCAAUUAAACAAACCGCAUAGAAUGGCUUACAAAAUUAAACUGCUGGAAAGCAAUCUCUCAAGAUCAAUAAAUAUAUUUAUCACAUCUCUCCUUCACCAGGCUCAAAAUCUAAUAUUCUGUGUGCACAAAGUUAGAUAUAAUUGGGACACAGCAAUACUAUUUAAUUACAUAGUGAAAUGUAUAGAUAAAUGCAGAAUCCAAUGUGUUUUGGUGAUCAUACUUAAAAGUGAACCCAUCAACCCAUCAUCAAGUUAAGAUAGGGUUGGACAAACGGUAGAACCCAAAAUUUUCUGAACAUUGUAAAGGCUGGCAAACCAUCAUGGACACUGAAGUUCUAGAACCUCUGGAAACCUACCAUUUGCCCAGCCUGUCAUGUAUUCAGUACUUCUAAAAAUAUAUAUAUAAAAGCAUUGUUUCCAUGGAAUCAUAUAUAGGUUCAUAAAAAUGACACAACUCUGAAAUCCUAUUAUCCCUUAUGACUUCUGCUCCAGUUUUAAGACUAGCUUGAUCUUAAAAAUGUACAAAAUAACUAGCCAGUCACAAAGAGGAUGUGUGGUGCAUGCUGAUGAGUCUAAUAGUCUAAGACAAAUGUCCUUAUAAUUAUACCUGUAUAUUUGACUAGCAAAAAGGUGACCAGAUAUUAAGUUUAGCAGGUAUUUUAAAAACAGGUUGAUACACAUUCCAUCUCUGGCCACAAACUAGCUUCAAAGACUGUGCACCAAUGUGUCUUCCCAGCAUCCCUUGCGAUUCUCAGAGACUGCCAUUAUACAGUAACUCAAAAUUCCAUGACAGAUGAUGCAGAAUGCUGGGUGGAUGUUACUGUCAGAUCCUGCAGUAUGGCUUGCUUGUGGCUAAAAUUAGAAUGUGUGAUUAAAACCUUGUAAUUUUCCAUAUCUGCUAUGCCUGCUAUUCUGUAUAUUUGUUAAAAAUUUGGGCUGUGUAUUUACAAGUUAUACCAUUCAUUAGGUAUGACUGAGUGGCUGAAGGAUGACGUUACUAGCAAUGCAACAGCCGAUCCCAAGACCGAAUGUGGAUCAUCCUGCCAGGCUAUAUUUAUAACUAAAAGUCUAUACGGGACUAGGAACAGGUUGAAUUACAGGCCAAUGACUAGCAAGAUCAACAUACAGUGUAAUGCCGACAGAGGCAGAUGUUUAGACUUGGGUCAAAACAGUAUGUAAACAGUAGAUAAGAAAUAAGAGGAGAAACUAUUACUAGCAAUCUCCAGGUUAAAAAAAUAUAUAAAACUAGCGAAACCUGUAUAUAAUUUCUAUGCCAGAAUGAUUUAUUGCUCUCUAUUUUUUGGCAAGAGUGACUCUGGGGACAAUCCCUAUUUUGGAGUCACUUUUAGCUGUUAGUAGCUGCACUGGACAAUGUGUGAACAUGAGCAGGACAAGAAAAAAGUAUUCCAUAUGUGUUUGUUUAUUUUCUAUUAAGUCAUACUUCUAGAUAUGUGCUAAAGAAAAUGUACUCCUUUAGUACUUGACAUGUGUUGCCUUUAUUUGUCUGUAUGCCACGAUUUUUUCCCAUAUGUAAAAUCAUAUCAUUAAUUACCUCCAUUAAAAACUGUUUUUGCUCCUGUAAUUGGUGCCUGUGAUAAUAGACGAUGGGGUACAAUGGGGAUAUUUACUAAUGAGAAAUAAUAGUUGAGCUUUCACUCCAGUGGAAAAUGCCCAUCAGGUAUAUAUAUAAUAGACACCUAGUGCACUGGAUAUUAAAAUCAUGUGCUCAUGGAAUGUAGUUUGCUAAGGAAAACACAGAAUUAUAAAUAGAUAUGCAACAAUAGUUGAGAUUUUAAAACAAAAAAAAUCGUAUAUUUUCCUUUUUCUUACACUAACUCAAUACUCUAAUUUCCCUCUUCAAACUAUGUAGGAAUAGUCAGUUUAUGUUUUAUUAUUAUUAAUACACUUGGGAUUUCAAACUGCAAUAUUUUAACGUUAUACUUCUACUCAACGUGACAGCAUCUUACUGUGUGGCAUGCAAAAUUGUACAAUGUAGAGAUUUGUGUCUAACAAAUAUGAAGUAUGAAUGGUUUAAUUAUAAAAUUAUCACCUGACUGUAAACCCUUUUAAUAUAUCGCUAAAUGAAAACCAAAGUAAGGCACCAUUUCACGAGAAACGGCUGAUUAAUUCAUAGUUGUUAUAAUGGCUGACCCACUGGAAGAGGAAAAUAUUUCAUAUUUGAUAGACCAUUAAUCAGAAAUCCAGGUCUUGCACGAGGAUUUGCAAUUAAGGAGAUAUGAAAUGCAAGAUCAGGAUACAGUCUGCAGUCUGGGCAAGUGCCAGGAUUUGUUAGGAGUGAAAUCAGAUAAAGAAAAUCCCCUAUGCCAGAAUUUAUAGGUAUUGAACGUAUUUUGUGCAACUUGAUGUAGAGAUAGAAUUGUCAUUUGGGCUGCAUCACAAAAUCACUUGUCUGAGGUCCGCCAACUCGGAUUAUAACAGUAGAAUUUUUUUGGUGUUUUUAGGUAAUAUGUGAGGAAAGAGCAGGAUUAUAAUGAUCUGUUUAUAUAUGUGCUUCUUUACAUUAAUCUUGUAUCUUUGCUUAUGUACCAAGUUAGAAUAUGCAUUCAUGAUGUGGCUUAUGGUAGUUUGUGUAGUCUUUUAGUUUUCACUAGAAGCUCCAUGUUUUGUUGUUGUGAUUAGGUUGUACCUACUUCAUAUGCACAUUACAUUCAAAAUACAUCUCAUCCUCACGACUGUUUUCUGUCAUCAGUUAUUGGCAUAUACAUCAACAAACAUUUGGUUGCUGGCUGUGUUCCCAUAUUAGUGCUAGAAUUGUUUUGGAUGUGACAGGUCUCAUGUAACAUUGCCCUGUUCAUUGCCCUUUACUAAAAAUUUUAGAGAGGAUUAUUUCCUUUUUGUGAAGCAAAUCUUUAAAACUGCACUUACAAGUUAAAUGUGUUUUUUUAUGGUCUCAUGUACCUCUCUAGCUCUUGUGAAAUGACUUUAUUGAGUUUCCUAACAAUUAUAUAGCUACAUCCUGGAGACCUUGUGUAUGUAUACAGACACAGUCACACAAGAAACCACAAACAGCAUGUUAAAUGUCAUGGCCUUGCAAGGUGAUUUCAGGUUUACAAAACUGCACAAUAGUUGAAAAGCGAUGUGUUCCCCACUACUCGUUUAAACUAUCACUUAUCCAAUGCAAAAAAAGAUUGUGAAUACCAUGAGAUGAAUAUUACACAUGUGCCUACUGGACUUAAAAUCAAUUUAGUUUUGACCAGUCGUGAAGCUAAAGCACUAUUCCAGAAUCAAAUGAUCUUUACGUCAUACAUGUAUAAUUUCAAGACCAGACUUGGAAACACACCAGAUGACGGAUGAUUCCUCUGAGAAGAUCCAUAGCAUUGAAUAUAUUAGUUAGCCAGUUCAGGAAACAUAAGUCAAAGCAUGUAGUGACCACCCACAAAAAUACCCUAAUUUAUAAUCGAUCGCAUUUAGAUUUUUUUUUUCUAAAAUAUAUGCUAAAAUCUCAGACGUGUUACAGAUUUGUGAAGUGAGGACCAGGCCAUCUUACUGACAGCUGGAGCACCCCAUCUGAACACGAGGAAGAAAUUCUUGAUCCUGAUGAUUCUUCACAAAUGCCUUGGGAUAAUGGUGAUAGCCUAUCUCUGGAACACUAGGUGGUCCUUUCUAAACCUUUCUACUCUCAUAUCUCCUGCACCUCUACAGGCUGAAUUAAGUGUCCAAAACACUUCCUGGUCCUCCAUUUGAGAGAGAGAGGCAUUGACCCAAAACAGAUGAAACAUGGAGGCCAGAGUCUGCGUUCAGAACAGCAUGGUGAACUGAGAGGAUAUUUAAGUGAUCAAAGGAUUUGGGCAAAGGAAGGACACAGAUUUUUUUUUCUGUCGGGCACAACAAAAUAGCGCACAAAGUGGGAAACGAAUACCUGAAUUGGUAUAGCUUACGAACCUAAAUAUAGCACAUAUUGACUAAAAGCAAGGGACUGAAAAAUUACUAAAGAUCUAGGUUUGGUUAUAAGACAUGCUUCAUUUAGGAAACAUUUCAUCAGAGUCAUAUAUAUUUAUUAGGCCUUUUUAGCUUUAUCAGGAAAUACAUGGAAACUGUUUGGACUUCCUUAAUCCCGAUUUUCAAUUUUUGAGCAGUACAAGCAGACAAAAUUUUACCAAAAUGGAAAUUGGAAAAAGAGGUAAGCUCUUGAAAAAAGUUUUUUCUUAAAGAAGAGACUGGAUGUGUAAGUACACGUUUACUAUUGAAAAUAUAUAAAAAUAUUUCUUAAAAUAAAUACAAUAUAUCAGAGAUGCUUUAUAUGUACUAUUUAUGAAUACAAUAUUCUCUGAGGAAGCACAUUCAUUUUAAACAUCCUUCUUACUACAGUUUGAUGUGAUCUUGUACCCCUAUUAAUCAUGUGGAUUCAGUGAACCUAUAUUCAUUCGGUCUGAUUCUGAUAGAUGAAACCAUUUAGAGCUCCAUAAAUAAUAAGUAAAUAUCUGAUAUUCCCAGCUGUCAUACCUUCCCUUCCUGUUAAAGUUCUAAUAGUUACUGUAACUUCCUUUACCAGUGCCGCAUUUAAUUUUAUAUUUUUUCUGAAUUCAAGAGUAACCAGAUAUCUGAAUGAAAUGAAAAAUUACAAUGAUGUAAAUCUUGGGAUGCAAAUUACAUUCUAUAAAACUUUUUAAAACUUUUAAAAGUUUUAUGAUUCUAUCUUCCAAUUAAACUGAACACUUGUAUUCUUAUUUGUGGAUUGUAACCUAUUUUAUGUCUCAAAUAAACUUAUUGAAAAACAAA